GCCAGAGAAAAUUGGGAGUGAAGACUGGUAUCAGGAAUAAAGGGGGAUUAAAGAUCUAUAUUGGGAUCUGCUGCCCCUGUGGAUCCUGCCACCUGAGGCAGUCACCUCACCUUGCCUCAUGAGUGGACCAGGCCUGCAAGGAAUCCUACUUAGAUCAUGUUGUACAGUUGCUUAGGGUAGCACAAUAUAUUGGAGUCGCUCUAGGAAUGUUCUGUGCCAUUUGGUGUUUGUUUUUACCAUAUCUAAUUUGUGAACAACCCAAUCACUUCAAAUAUAAAUACAGCAGCUGUUAUUAAUCAUGACACAAUUCUUUCUCUGGAGGCAGUUGAGAACCUGCAUUCAGUUAUAAUCCAUACAUUUGAGUUAAUUUAUCUGAAUUUUGACAAAUGGAUCAAUGGUAGAUCGUUCAUGGGCAUUUUUAAUUGAUUGGUUCUUUGGAAAUGCCAUCCUAUGAAUAUGUGUGUGUGUACACGUAUGGAGAAUGAUACAGCCAGACAUUUCUUGUUAGCAGCAGGUCAAAUACAAAAAAUGAAAAUAAAAACUCAAAGUAAAGCACAGUGUUUAUUUAGUGCACACGGGAACUUCCUUUUUGCCUCCCAUUUUACAGCUACCACGAGUUACUUGGAAAAGCAAAACAAACAAGAGGCAGCCAUCUGAUUUAUCCUUCUGCAUUAAUGGUCUUUUAAUUUUAUUUCCAUUUUAACUGGUUCUCUUCCAUUAUCUUCUUGGCCCCUCCUCUUCCCCUUACCUAUCAUGUUGUGUCUUUAUCUCACGGUGACUAAUGCCUCGGUUUUAUAGCUCUAAUGUUCUCAGUGGCAAACAUGAACAACCGACCUUUGGCCCCUUCGCAUUUCACAAGUUUUGCUGCUCUUAUAUGCUUGCAAGCAGAAGUACCAGCUGGGCAGGUGCGGGUGGAAAGGGAGCUAAGAAAGGGAACGGAAGGACGUAUUUGAGAGAAGAAAAACUUGACCAAGUGGUGAGCACAGAGCAAAUAUCCUCGCUUUAAAAUAUCAAGCGUGCAGUACGCGCAAGAAGCAACGCUGGCAUGGACUACGCGGCAUCAUGAGAGAACAAAAAGUGGAUCAGAUUUUGGGGGCCCUGCUCUUCUUGACCCAGCUUCUGUGGCAUGCUGGUGGUGUGAUCAGAUGUGACAAAGCUGGCUACAUGAUCAAUGUAAUGCUCAUGAAUGACUCUAUGCUUCCAGUGAGUGCGGGAGAAAUAGAACCAGCUGUGGAAUGGGGCAUGAAACUGGUGAAAUCUGACCUGAAAGGUAAGAGCACUUCAGUAUCUUUUGAGGGUCAAAUGUCAGGCCCUGAGUCUAUACAAAAUAAUGCUUCUACAGGCUGUCUUCCUUUCUGCCUAGCACCGCUGCUCACGUAUUAUCCGUCUUUCACCACGUGAACCAUGCAGUAGUUACAGUUGUUUUAUUGUCUCUUGGGUCUUGGCAGAAAGGUGGUUGAUGGUUAUAAUUAUUUUUGUUAUGGUUGCCAUUAUGUACCGUAAAUCUUUUCAAGUUGUAAGCUGCCUUGAGCAUGGUUUUAACUAUGGAAAGGUGGGAUAAAAAAAUAAAAUGAUGAUGAUGAUGAUUCACUACUAUACUAAUUGAGUGUUUAUGUGUCCCUUAAAAUGUGACAAACCUGAGCAAGGCUACUUCCUUUCCAGGGAAAAUCCCCCACCCUACUGUUCCAUGAGUGUCUAUUUUAAAACUGUUUUUAGUUACAUGAAAGACACUUCCCUAUCUGCAACUGAAACAAACGUCACUACCCAUCAAUACAAGCAAACAGAGGAUAUGAUCCUACUUCACAGAAUGAAUGUCAUAAGAAGUGCACAGUGGCCAAUUUGCCUUCCACAUGACAAAACUAGUGGAGAUUGUUUAAAGUCUGCUACUCCAUUAACAUUUCUCUUAAGGAAAUGCUUUUGUGUUUUUAAUAUUGUGAUUUUAUGUUGUGAACCGCCCUGCGUUCUAUGGGUAUAGGGAGGUAUGCAAAUUUAAUUAAUAAUAAUAAUAAUAAUAAUAAAAUAGAAAAUUUAAAUACUUGAUGAGGCAGCCCUACAAUCAAUGCAUAGUCAGACAAUUAUCAGCUCUUUAUUAUUUAUCUACUUAUUUACACUCUGCUCCUUACAACUUGGUUUACAAGAUUCACAAGUUUAUCAUCUGUAAAUCAAUACAAUCAAAACAGCUAAAAAGUUGUCUUAAAUAAAAUUAUGAAUUGGAAUCAUACUUUAUUUUUAAAAGUAUGUUUUAAAUCAAUAUUUUUAUAUUAUUAAACUUGCGGGUGCCUCCUCUUUGCAUUGCACACGUGCCACCCACUUAUCACCCAGCUACCACCCAUGCCUUGACAAACUGUCCUAACUGUUCCUCUGCAGCAUAUCUGGGCUGCCCACCACCCACACCCCUCAAUAACUUGCUUACAUACCCGCCUGCCUGCCUGUGCCACUGGCUGUUUUGUACUCAUGUUGCAACAGGCUGCAGCAUCAUGACAUAUGUUCUUACAAAAACAUUGUAUAGUUUCAGUACCUAACACUCCUGCGUUUCAUGUUACAGCAAACAAUGUGAAUGUGAAUGUCAGUGCCGCAUUUGAUGGCAUCGACACGUCGCUGUACGUCUCCAAUGGCUGCCGCACCAGCACCUGUGAAGGUGUGGAAUUCAUCAAGCAGAUUUAUGUGAGUAUUAAGGCGCAUAUGUAGGAAUCAUCCUUUUAGGUCAGAAGUGGGGAACUGGAUGCAGCCGGUGGCAUAGCUGUCAACUUACAGAUUUAAAAAUAAGGGACCAGCAGCCUCGAAAAUAAGGGAUCAGCCGGGGGCAUAGCUGUCAACUUACAGAUUUAAAAAUAAGGGACCAGCAGCCUCGAAAAUAAGGGAUCAGCAGCCAAAAUAAGGGAUUUUCAGAGCAUAGGUAUGUUCAACUCCUGAGCCCCUCCGAGCCAAAGGCAGAAAGCCCAGCCAGCAGCCAAAUGAAGCCUCAAGCGGUGGUUCCCAAAACGCAGCAACCGGGCAAAGAGGAUGCAGCAAGGAAACCACCGUCACCUCUCCGCUGGGAAGCGCUGAGCAAAGGCGAGUCCCCAGGCAACGCGUCCGAGUUGAUCGGCACAAGGCAUGCAAGCUCCACUCCCCCCCCAGUCGUUCUUAGACUCCUUAUUGGGUGAGCAACACAGCCAAGCAACACAGUUGGAGCCUCCCUCCUCCCUGGUCAGCAGGGAGGGAGGGAGAGUUGCUGCUUCCUUUGAAACCCGGGAAAUUUAAGGGACAUUAUCAAUAAGGGACAGCAGUGGGACACGGCACUGGGAUAAGGGACUUUCCCACCAAAUAAGGGAUGGUUGACAGCUAUGGCCGGUGGGCCAAGUCCUUAGCUCCCCUUCCACUUGCAUGUCAAGAGCAGUGGGCAGGAGCACUCACCUGUCAGUCACAUAACAUAACACUGAUAUCAGGGGAAGCAUUCUCCUCUGCCCAUGCAAUUCGCAAACCUCGCUUUUGGCACGGACCUGUGUCUUUACCUGCCAAACCCCUGACAUCAGGUAUUGUGUCAAGUGUGGGGCAUCUGGGUGUAGCUUAGCCACAAUGGCCUAGUGGGGCCUAGUGGGGCAAAUGGGGAGUCCUGGUGGGCCUAGUUGCUCCCAUAAACCAGGAGUUCCUCACCAAAUAAAGAGCAAGUGCCGGCUAGAAACCAAAUACAUCAAGCACUGGCUUGACGUACAUGUUUUAAAAAUCUCAUCAUAAUCCAUGAUUUAAAAACUGUUACAUUCCCUUCCAGUUAUGUAUCAGUGUGCUUCACUGUAAAUCUGCUUGUGCUACCAUUUUAAUGCAGUGGUACCUCAGGUUAAGUACUUAAUUCGUUCCGGAGGUUUGUACUUAACCUGAAACUGUUCUUAACCUGAAGCACCACUUUAGCUAAUGGGGCCUCCUGCUGCCGCUGCGCCGCCGGAGCAGAAUUUCUGUUCUCAUCCUGAAGCAAAGUUCUUAACCUGAAACACUAUUUCUGGGUUAGCGGAGUGUGUAACCUGAAGCGUAUGUAACCUGAAGCGUAUGUAACCUGAAGCAUAUGUAACCUGAGGUACCACUAUACUUAAAGGGCACAGUUAUUCCUUAGACAGGCACCUACUGUACAUAGUUUUAAUUCAUGCCCCUGUAGAGGCCAUAACACCUCUCUUACUUUUUAAUCUCCAUUUGCAGACUCUGUUAUCCAACACUCACCUUGUUUUUAUUACUGCAAUGCCUUAGUAUCUUCCAGCCAUUUGCUUCAUUACCACAGUAUUACUUUGCAUCUGCAUGAUUGUCCAUUAAACUUUAUCCACCCCUCGCCUCAUGUUGGUCUUUUCUAUUUCAGGCUGAUAAAAAACUUGGGUGUACUAUUCUAGGCCCAACGUGCACCUUUGCCACAUUCCAGAUGGUCUCGUAAGUAUCAGCUGAAGUGUUCUAUUCAAAUAAGGCUAAAUACUGAAUAAAUGUGAUGUCGGCUUAAGAGCCUAGCAAACACUUGUGAAAAAAGGGGUGCCCUGACCACUUUUGGCUCUUGCCCUACCUACUGCCAACAUGUGACUCCCAACAGAUGCCCCUAGAAGGAAUGCGGUGAGAAAAAAUGGUUCCCUGCCCAUUUUAAAGCAUGAAAGAGGAAAUGAAAUGCAAGUCUUGCAUCAGUCCUCUUUAUCAGCACCAUUUAGAAAGAAGAACUGAGCACUCUUAAUGGUUUAAUUAGUGCAUAUUCUUCAUAGGAUGACAUCUGGGUUCAAAGCGAUGGCACUGACACUGGGGAGCAUGUUUCCUUUAUGUUUGUUCUCACACACAGAGGUAUUAACUAUUCAGAGCCAUCUGCCCAGUUUUUUCUGAGAGAAUUUGUAGUAUAGUACUCAUAACUUUCUGGCUUCAUAUUUAUUUUGAAAUCAAGGCAAACAAAAGAAGAAACCAAAUUAUGUGAAUUCUUAGAAUUAGCAAAGAUGACAGAGGUAAUCAGAAACCAAACAAAUCAAAAGUUUAACAGUGAGUGGGAGUGCUAUAGAGUAUAUUUAGAAAAACAUUGUUCCCAAACAAAAUCCUUAACAUCCUUUGAUUAAUUUUCGCAAAUUAAAGAACAGAUAGAUAAAGUAUGUUAUGUAAGAGCAAUGAACGAAAAUGUGAAAAAGGACACAGUUUAAAAGAAAAAGAAGAUGUAAGGACCUGUAGUGAGGUGGAGGGGAAGUCAUCUUUAAAGACAUAUGGUUGUAAUGCUAUUUAAAGUGGAGGUAUUCUGAUUUUUCUUUAUGUACCUUAUUAUGUUUUGAAUAAUGAGUGGAAUAAAUGUAUUAUUUAACAAAUUUAAUAAAGAUUAUUGCAGAAAAACAAAAGAAGAAAGGAUUGGAAAUAUGGCCCAUAUUGAUAAAGCAUCUAUCAAUGUAGCAGCCAUACUGGAAUUAUUUUCUUUUCUUUAUGUGUGGUGGUCUUGUAGUAAGGCUUACUGGGAAAUGAUAUAUAAUGAAUUGAAAAGGAUGUUUAAAAUAACAUUUGUAAAAAAAACCAAAAAACCAGAAGCUUUCCUUUUGGGAAUUAUAGAGUAGAACUACCUAAAGUGUAUAUAAAUAUAUUCAUGUAUUCAACUACAGUGGCAAGAAUGUUAUUUGCCCAAAAAUGGAAAGAAGAAGAAGUUCUGAUGAAAGAAGACCGGAUACAAAAACUUAUGGAAUGUACAGAAAUGGCGAAAAUUACUGGAAAAAUAAGAAAUCAAAAUAACAAACUUUUUACAAAAGAAUGGAAAUGGUUUGUUGUAUAUUUACAAACAAACUGUAAACAGAUAAGGACAUUGGCAGGAUUAUUGUAAUAACCUGCAGUUUCAUAAGAGCAUAUAUUUAAAGUAGAUGAAUAAAAGAAUAAGUUAAUUAAGAAUAUGCAGGAAAUACAAAAAAUAAAUUUAAGGAACUGCAUAAAGAAGAGGAAGUCCAGUUUUGAAAUGUUAGAAUGAUUGUAAAACUACUGAAAUGUAUAUAAUUUAAAAUCAUAAAUAAAAAUGAAAAACUUUUCUUUUGUAGAUUAGAGACGGAGUUGGUCCCACCUCUGAUCUCUGCAGGGAGUUUCGGGUUGACUUGUGAUUACCAAGAAAAGUUAACAAGGCUGUUGACUCCAGCCAGGAAGUUGAACUACUUCUUGGUUGAUUUCUGGAAGAAUUCCACGUUGCCAUUCAAAAGUGUCACAUGGGAAACUACUUACAUCUAUAAGGAAGACAAUGACACUGAAGAUUGCUUCUGGUAGAGAACUUUCCCAGUAUAACCAAUGUUUCAAUUCUUUUUCAAACUCUUUCUGUUUUUACAUAAAAGACUUAAAUCAUAUAUUGAUAGUAUUGUUGACUACUUGCAAUGGGAAUUGGCUAUGCCAUUUCCUGCUUGGCAGAGUCUUCUACGCUGUUUGAAAUAACUGGAUUUUCUAAAACAUCAUGGGAAUUCACAUGUGGAACAGAACCAAAAUUCAGUGUUCCAGAAUUAUUAUCACACACACCCCACCCCUUGAAAGUAAGUGUUGGUUGGGGGAGGAAUUAGGGUAUACAGUGGUACCUCGGGUUAAGUACUUAAUUCAUUCUGGAGGUCUGUUCUUAACCUGAAACUGUUCUUAACCUGAAGCACCACUUUAGCUAAUGGGGCCUCCCGCUGCUGCUGCACUGCCGGAGCACGAUUUCUGUUCUCAUCCUGAAGCAAAGUUCUUAACCUGAGGUACUAUUUCUGGGUUAGCGGAGUUUGUAACCUGAAGCGUAUGUAACCUGAAGCGUAUGUAACCCGAGGUACCACUGUAGUAUUAAAAAGAGAAUUCCCUGGAUGCCUAAGAUCCAGGUUUGGGGCAAGUACUUUGGCGAGAGAACCCCAGCAGAGAUUUAAAAUCACAAAAUAUACAGCAAAGUGUGGAAAUGUAAGAACUUUAAAAUAUUCGCUUUUAAGCUGCUUCCAAAGUUCCCCCUUUCCUUAGCAUAGAAAGAGACCACACAUUUGGUAAGUUAAAAAUGAUUUACAGUGGUACCUCGGGUUAAGAACUUAAUUCAUUCUGGAGGUCCAUUCUUAACCUGAAACUGAGGUACCACUUUAGCUAAUGGGGCCUGCUGCGCCGCCGCUGCACGAUUUCUGUUCUCAUCCUGAAGCAAAGAUCUUAACCUGAGGUACUACUUCCAGGUUAACGGAGUCUGUAACCUGAGGCAUCUGUAACCUGAAGCGUCUGUAACCCGAGGUACCACUGUACUUACAAACUCUUCAAGAGUCAGAUUCAUGUGCUUUUUAUAUAGCAGUAAGAAAAUACAGGCAGUAAAACUUAGGUUGCAAAGUGGUGAAUGUUUCUAAAUUAUUUGUAUAGAAACAUAAAGAUGGAGUGAGCUUGUUUACUCUUGCUUGGGGAUGGGGUAAGGACCCAAACCAAUGGAUUCAAGUUACAGGAUUAUGACUAAACAUCAGGAGAAACUUACUGAAAGUAAGAGCUGUUACACAGUUAGAUUUCCUUGGAGGGUAGUGGACUGUCCUUCCUUGGAGGUUUCUAACCAGAGGUUAAUGCUUUAGUUGACAUUCCUGCAUUGCAGGGGGUUGGACUAAAUGACCCCUAGGGUCCCUUCCAGCUCUACAAUCUAUGAUACUAUGUUCAACAAUUUGGUUUCUGAAUUCUGCACCAACAGCAGUUUCCGAAUUGCCUUCAAAGACAACCCAACAUAUAACAUAUUGCAAUAGUCCAACCUAAAUGUUAUCAGAGCUUGGACAACAGAAAUUAUGCUAUCCCUGUCAAGAUAAAGGCACAGCUGGGCCACCAAAUGAAACUGAUGCAAAGCACUCGGCACUUUCAAGGCUAAUUGAUCCAUAAGUACCCACAAGCUAUGAACCUGUUCCUGCUGUAAAUGACUGCUAGACUAAUGGGGAUGGCAGAUUUAAAAAAAAAUGAACUCAUGCUUACAGAAUAAAUAUAUAUUGAUUUGUUCAUGAUAUUAAUUGUUCUAAUAGUACUGAUAUGUGUGAGGUACCUUACUUCUUAGAGGCCCUCACACCAAACCUUUAGCCCAAAUCUAUGCCAUUGCCACAAGCUGAUUUGCAACAUUCAUUUCCUAUUCCAAUUUCAAGGUAUAUGAAUGCUAUGGAAGCUUCAGUGACCUACUUCUCUAUAAACAUGAAAUUCCGGGAGAUCCUCAGGAGCUCAAUAGAACUACAAAGGAUUGUGAAUAAUCCAAAAAGAAAAAGUAAUGGUAAGGAGAAAAUAAGAGUUAAAUUGUUUCUUUUUUCUUUUUUCCCUUUUUUGUGGUUCUUAUUUUUAUCUACAUGCAGCCUUGAGUACCGUCAGGGAAAAAGGGAGAAAAGUGAAUUAAUGAAAAAAUAAAUAAAUAAGAGUACUUUGUUUCUGAAGUCCAUUUGGUUAUACACUUUCUGGGUAUUUAUAAUCUGAAUAUCAAUGGCGAAUUCUAUUAAUGGAAGAGGAAAGAAGGAGGGAGAGAGAGAGAGAGAAUUUCUAUGCUGUACAGAUUUUCCCCGCUGCUGUUUCCUGAACACUUGUCUGUUUUGCUGCUGAUACUGGGCUCAAACAGGGUGCUGCUUUCCAGAAGAAGUCUUAAGACUCUUUUCCUAAAGACCUUCUUGCAUAGAUUGUUUCUGAAGAUGUAGCAUCAUUAUGAAUAUUAUUAAGCUGUGCACUGUGGAAACUAUGCAACUGGUUUCCAGAAGACAUGGGGACUGUGAUCAACUUAGCUUUAAAGGAGAGUAGGCAGUCGUGGAAGAUAAGGCUUUAAUAGCUACAAGCCAUGUUUUGGCAUAUAUUAUUGCCUCCAGGAUCAGAGGUAGUACUACACCUCUGAAUACUGGCAGUCAUUGGAUGGGUUUAAACAGUGGGGGAAAGAUUGUUAUCGGUGUCCCGCUUGGGGGCUUCCUGAAACCAUCUGAUCUUCUACUGUUGGAGUAAGUAUGCUCAGUGCUUUUCUCCUAGAAAAAAUGGGUCCCAGUACUCACAUGAAGUUGCUACAGUAAGUACCACAUUUUAAACCAGUGCUUUUCUCCCAGAAAAACGGUGCUGGUUCUAUGUACCUUUGAGUACCCCCAGAAAAAAGCACUGAGCCUUAUCCAUGGAUAGGCCUUAUCCAUGCUUACCUUUCCUCUGCUCUUUACAGAUAUGGUCCACCCUUUAAAGCUCUGUGUCUAAGUGCCAUCUCCCCCCCCCUUUAUUUUUGCUUUGGGGCUUUCCCUGCGAAAAGCUGCUCUUUAAAGCUCAAUCAGAGCAAGCAACAAUCCCAGGGCUAGGUUGAGGGGGACACACACACACUCAGACACAGAGCUUUUAAGCGAAGACCUGUGUCUGGAAAGAGCCGAGCAAAAGGUGUGGAUGGGCCAUUAGUCUGAUCCAGCAAUGUUCUUUUUAUAUUUUUAUGCAACUACGUAUUUUUCGCCCCAUAAGACGCACCAGACCAUAAGACGCACCUAGUUUUUGGAAGAGGAAAACAAGAAAACAAAUAUUCUGAAUCCCAGAAGCCAGAACAGCAAGAGGGAUCGCUGCGCAGUGAAAGCAGCGAUCCCUCUUGCUGUUCUGGCUUCUGGGAUAGCUGUGCAGCCUGCAUUUGCUCCAUAAGACGCACACACAUUUCCCCUUACUUUUUAGGAGGGAAAAAGUGAGGCUUAUAGAGCAAAAAUACGGUAUGUCCUUCCUCCUUCCCACUCCAGCGCAGGAAAUGAACCUAUUGCUUCUCUCCUUUGCUCUCGGGAAGAACUUUUAAAUGCCAAAAUGGUAAACUACUGGAAGGCUACUUCCUCUCCUGAUAAUCAUCACAUUGCUGUGUUAUCCAAUUUACAUUAUUGAUCUCUAGAUCCUGCAGAAGUUUUCUGGGACCCACAUGCCUGCAAUGAGGAUCUGCUCUGAUGGUUUUACCUCUUCCUCUGUUCUAAAUCCUGUAUUUUCAAAGUAGGAAUAAAAAUGGCUUAUCCGCUGACUCUCUAUCAUGCUCUUGUUUGCAGUGAUCAUCACAUGUAGGUCUCCAGUUGACCUUAAAAGACUCCUAGGAAAAGCAGAGGUGGAUGAGGACAUAGUUAUCAUCCUGAUAGAUCUUCACAGGUAAAAAUGUUACAAUAUUGGGGGUGGGGCUGGAAUCUAAUGACUAAAAAGGCCAUUUUAUAUGUGGAAGUUUUCCCCUCAAGAGUCACAUUGAGUGCUGAGUAUAUAUUUUCAUUUAAAUAAGAAUAAUCCUGUGCCAGUGCAACCUAAAUUUUGCACUACAAUUAAGAAUGGGGGUUACUCUGAGACCUAUAUAAAUCCUGUAAACAAUAUUAUUUUAUAAAUAGGAUUUUCUGUCACUGGUUCCAAUUCUGCUAGAAAUGGAGUGGGACAAAGCAGGGAGAAUCCCUUCAUUGACUUCUAAAUUUGCCACCAUAAGGUCUAGAAGAGAAGCCUGUGUGUGAGCGUUUAAACUGCUGCUUCUUGUUAAGUUUUGUUUUAACUUAUUUCCAUAAUUUGUUAUAAUUGAAAUGCACGUCUUCAAUAAUGAAUAGGUGUAUAUCAGCAGGGAAUUAUGAAAGUUUUGCUUAGUAAAUCUGUUUUCCAUUUCCUCCAAAUUGAAGCCCAUUCAUUCAGAUGUCUUUAGAUUGUUCUAAGAUCCUAACAAGUAUAAAUCAUUAAGGAAUUUGAUUAUAAUAUCAAAGCUUUCUGCUGGAUUACGUUUCCGUGAAGCUAAGCACUAUUUACUACCAAAGGGGUUCUAAGAAGGGAAGAACUUGUAAAAUGCUGGAUGAGAUCAUAAGAGUUCAAUUUUUAUUAUUAUUCUGGAUUUGGAACUGCAAACUGAAGGAGAGAAAAAUGUUUAUUCAUUACCAUGUUGAGAUUUCCACCAGUAGGCUUGCUACAAGACAGCUUUGUUUUUGGUGGUGAUAACAUAGGCUAGGUAUAUGGUGUUGGAGGUAAAAUAUAGUGAUAGGUGGAAAGGUUAGGCCUCUCUUCUAGCACACCACUACUUUGCUUCAAAUUGCACAAAAGCAAUGUGUAGGCUCAGUUGUCUAACUUUAUAUUCUAGGCAAGUCCCUUUGAGAGUCCUUUUUAAAAGGUAACAAUCAUACAAAUGCACUGAAAUAUAAAUAAGCAACCCAUUCCUUCGCAAAAUCAAUACAUUCACCACCUGUAUGCUGCCAACAUGCACUUUUCUUGUUGCUUUUAAAAAUCUGCGAAAUGGGUGAGCGAUAUUCAAAACUUGCUUUCACAUUUUUCAUUAAUGCACUCAGCAAUUGCAACAGUGCUAGGAAACAGGGCUACACACCUCACACCCCAAGCCAUUGGCAGCAGUGUCAGUCUCAGUCCUACUGCAUCAGAGGGGUCUUCUGAUCUUCUCCCUCUUUAACACAUCUUGCCCGCUAGAUGUGCUAGAUCUUGCCCCACAGGUCCAAAUACAGACCAGGCAAAGGAUAGACAGAUGCCCCAAAGGACCCAGUUGCAGGGAUUCCAAAGAAAGAUGCACAAAAUGCCCCGAGAGAUCAGUUCUAGUGCUUUAUUGUGGAGCUAUAGCAAGAGACUUACACGCAGCAACUCAAUGCAGGAUUCCUUGCUACCACACCUUAAGAUGGCUUUGUCUGUGGGGGGCUAAUACGUUAAGCGUUACUUAUACAAAAAGCAAGUUACAAAAGCUGGCAACAAUAGCCCAAUUAACUCACCCCUGCCUUAGAGGUCCCUUCCCACCUUUCAUCCCUCUCUCGGAUAAGGGAGUAGCUGACUGAACCAAAACUACAGCUUCAAAGCAAACAGAUAAGCAUAUAUGAUACCAUUUUGCAGCUCGAGCCAAUUAGUCCCAGGGUUAUCUUGACUACCAAGUUGGUGUUUAUAGGUCUUUCAGUACAUUUUCACUGUUUGGUUCUACAUACCUAUGUACACAGGCAUUCUUCCAGCAAUACAGACUCAUCUGGAUUUGGGUCUGAAAGACCAAGGUAUGGGUGCAUUAAGGGUAAGUUGUAAGCAAGUACAAUCUGUGGCAUCGCACAACAUCCUUGCUGAUCAUGAGGCACAUCUGUUAAGGCAUCUGUCUUGGCUUCUGCUUUCCUGGUUUAGUGUAGCUUGAAUAAACAUGGGACAGCCUUGUCUCUAUAUUAAACCAUCAGGGUUGUUGUUGUUUUUAAAAAAGAAAAAUAGUUAUUUAAUCAACAUUUGCUUCAUUUGUCAUUUGGUUGACUAAAUGCUUUUGCUUCUUACUACAUUUGGGACUCUUGUGCUUUCUGUUUUUAGCAAUGUGUACUAUGAAGAUGCUCCCUCAUACAGUUACAUGAAGAAUGUCCUUGUCCUGACUCUGGAACCAUCAAACUUCACUGCAGUUUCAAACAGCAGUGGGAUUCCUUGGACUCCAGAUGCAAUGCCUUGGGUGAUUUUAUUUUAUAAUAAUUUAUUUGCUCACUACUGUUGUGCUCCUACAACACAGCCCUGGAAAAAGAGCCCUUUCUGAUCAUAAUUGUUCCACAGGUCUGAAGGCAAAGUUAAACGGAGCAGCAGCAGACCAGUAUCGUUGAAUGCUGAUUUUCACUAUGUAAACUAAGCAACAGUGAAGCAAUGGCUUGCCAGUGAUAUUCAGCAAAUACGUCAACCUGCCAGUUUUCCUUUCAGUUCCAGACAUCCUGAAUCUGUGCAAGCCCCCACUCCUACAGUCACCCAGCCUGCCCAAUACUUAGGCAUUUUGAAUGCACAAGACCGUGUCUGAGCAGCCCUUCAAUAAAUAAGCACGUUCCAGUUGGCAUCCCUCUGUAGGAGUAGAAGUAGCAUUGGUUGCAACAUCAAAUUACACUAUAAAAAUAUAAAUACAGUCAUACCUUGGAUCUCAAAUGCCUUGGCUCCCAAACAAAUUGGCUCCUGAUUGAUCAAAACCUGGAAGUGAGUGUUCCAGUUUUUGAACGAUUUUUGGAAGCCAAACAUCCAGUGUGGCUUCCAAUUGGCUGCAGGAUGCUCCUGCAGUCAAUUGAAAGCCGCGCCUUGGUUUUCAAAUGGUUCCAGGAGUCAAACGGACACCUAGAAUGCAUUCUGUUGGAGAACCAAGGUACGACUGUAUAACAAAUAUUUUAAAACACAAAAUACAUAAUAAAAUAUAAAAACCAAACAAACCAAUUAUCACUGCUCCCACAGCACAUUUAAAAGGGCAUUGGAUGUCAGUGAGCCAAAGGUUUGGUUGAAGAGGACCAUUUUCGCUUGGCGCCUAAAGGUGUAUAAUGAAGUCGCCAAUCGAACCUCCCUGGGGAGAACAGUCCACAAACAGGGAGCCACUGCAGAAAAGGCGUGUUCUCGUGUUGCCACCCUCCGGACCUCUUGUGGAGGAGGCACAUGAAGAAGGGCCUCAGAUAAUGAACACAGAGUCUGGGUUAGUUUAUAUGGACAGAGGCAGUCCUUGAGGUAUAGCGAUCCUGAGCCAUUUUAAGACUUUAUAGAUCAAAACCCGCACUUUGAAUUGGGCCCAGAAACUAAUUGGCAGCCAGUGCAGUCAGGCCAGAAGCAGUUUAAGAAUAUGCUCAUCUACAUUCAUGUGGGAACAUGCAGGUUCCCAGAGAGGAGCUUGCAGCCACCUUGUUCUUCCCCUGCCCUUUUUACUACUGUGCUGAGCUAAGCCAAGGUUUGGUUUGCUUUAGCGCAUCAUCCAAACUGGGACUUGUGAUUACCGGUAACUUCUCUCCUAACCACAAGCUGUAGCCAAGGGACUGGCAAAGCCUCUGGAAACCAGAAUGGGAAGAAGGAGGCCAUCUUUGAGCAACUCACUCAGGAACACAUUGGGCCCAACAAUAUGAGAGGCAGUGGCUUAAUCCCUCUCCUUUUACUAUCUCUUAUAGAUGAAAAAUGACUUUGCUGUUGCCUACUUGGAUGCUGCUUUGCUCUUCGGACAUGCCUUGAAAAAACUUUCUCUUGCAAGCCAUUUAAUUACUCCCACUAGCUUCAACAGCCAGUUUCGGAAUGUUACUUUUAAAGGUAAUCACAUAUGUGUUUCUCUUAUUAAUCCCAUUCUCAUUAAUGGGCAAGGCAAUACAGUAGAUUACUGGAAGCAAAACCAGAAUGAUUUCAGUAAAAAGACCCAAAAGGGGUUAAAAAUAUUGAUAAAUGUCAGCAAUAGUUUUUCUCUAAUUAAAUGUAUCAGCUUUACCUCCAACAACCCUGCCUCCAUAUUGAAUAAUGGUAAAUCUUUCCCUCUUUACACAUAUAAGAGUCUCUCUGUUCUGAUCAUAUAUUGAGAUAAUAUUCCACAAUGCUUUUCUUACUAUGUAUCUAUUUGUCUGCACCAAGUUCUGUAUCUUCAAUUCCCACUUCCUGUUGCAUUUGCCAUGUUUUUCCAGCCUUAUCUAAUAUCUCUUCCAGGCUGUGGCUUCUGAUGCUCUGCUCUGCCUACAGAAAUUGAGAUCGAAAUUUGUCCUUAACAAAGUGUUUCAAAAGUGUGUCCUCACUAGUCUCAUUCUUCUUAUUGAAUAUUAUCAGUACAACAGAGGUGCUGUGAGAUGAAUGGUGAAUAUUGGGCUGCUGGCUUGCCUGUCAUGUUCAGGGAAAAUUAUCAGGCUUUGAUUAUUAUUUUUCUCUUUACAGGUAUUCUUGGUCCUGUAGUCCUGGAUAAAUUUGGGGAUGUUGAUGUCAAUCUCACCCUUAUGUACACGACAAAUAAUUUAGAAGUAAGUAUAGGGCCAAACCAUGCCUCUAGCUGGAGUUGCAAGUAACCCAAGGAACUGUUGAAGGUUUUCGGUGCAGGGAAGUGGUUGGUUAGCGUCAAAGGCAGCUAUUAGAUGGCGCACCGGAAAACACUUCAGUAGCUUUCCCCUUGCCUAACUGUGCCAGUUUGUAUUUCUCCUUGCCCUCUGUUAUUCCAAAAAGGGUUUCUCCUAUAUUUACCUUUCAAAAAAUGGAUUUGGAGGCUUUAUGUACCUCCUACUCAGAGCUAAUGGGCACACUUCUUGAAUUAUAUUUAUAUAUCGCUAUCUAUCUAGCUCCAUCCCAUUCAGUCUUGUAGGCACAGCACCAAAACAGACAUGUUGUUAAUGCAUGCAAUUAGUAAUCAUGCAAAUAAUCUUUUAAAAGUAAAUAGCAGUCAAGUUUGACAACAGUGGGGGAGCAUUUAACCAGAUGCAAAAAGUAGCUGGAGAUGGAGAGUUUAAGGGCCACAGCAAUGUAAAUGGGAUAAAGCUCAUGCCGUGGUCCUGAUGGAAGUCCCCAUUCCGCCAUGGAUGCUGUUUGUUGCUGGGAAAUAAUUUUUGCAAUUACUAAAUUGUGUGAAUGCUUUCAUUUCUAGUUUGGCCCACAGAGUUGAAAAGUGCUGUUAUUACCUAGCAUGAGCAGAGUGAUAGUCGAUGAAAGCAAUCUAUUUUGAGUGAAGGAAAAUAAUGUGAGGGAUAAAUGCAUACAGGAAAAAGGAGGGAAAUCUCCCCUGGUGACUCUAUGGUUACCGGCUAUGGGACAACCCAGGAUAUUAAACCAGGGUUCAGGUAAAAUGGGAUGCCAUGGUUAAUUAGAAGCUUCCUGAUUCAAUCUCAGCUUGUGUGAAAAAAGGAGCAAAGAGACUCUGUUAACAAGCCAACCAAAACCAGCUCAAUAUGGUGGAGAUGCAGGGGAUCCAGGAUGGAGGGAUGAAAAGUGUGGGGAGAGUGACUGAGGUUCUUGGCUGACAUUAUAUUCACAUCCAUCAGUUUUCUUGGGAAAAGGAGUUUCAGGCUAAAACCUUCCUCUAUUUUCUCAUUCUAGUACAAGGCCCUCCUACGGUUUGACACUCAUCUGAAUGAGACUGUACCAAAGACGGACAAACCAUCAUUCAUCUGGAAAAAACACACCCUGCCUAGUGAUAUUCCUGGCACUGGUGAGACAAUCUAGUUCUUGCGAAGGGGACUUGCACAGAAUCAAUGAGACUUGUACAUCCAGUUUGAACACAGGAACCAUUAGGCUGGUAGUAAAACCAAUAAUUUACCUUAAAAAAAAAAUCCAAACCUGUCUUUUUUUGUUCUUUGAAUGCCGAGUUCUGAAUCAACUUGUCAACUUAAACAAUCUUCAAUGUAUGCAGCAGUACCCGACAUGGGAGUAUUUUCUGAGAGCAUACAGUUCAAAAAGACUGAAUAUGUCAGUGCUGAUGCCCAUUCUGAGUUUACUUGAUUUGCAGGAUUCCCAGUGUCCCCAUCCACCUUACUUAUCAUUCUUGCAUGGUAAAUAAUUCACCCACUUACACUAAUCCCUUCUUUAUCAUUUGACCCAGAUCAUUUGGCCCAAAUCUUGCUCCCCAACUCUCCCAUACACCACAGGGAAGCAGUUAAAUAUACCCCCUGUCCUGUAUUGUACCACUCAAGUUUGGAGCUAAAUGAGCAGUUUCCUAUUCACCUGGCCCCAGAUGUUAGGAAUUUGUAAACUAGGGCAAAUGUACUAAAGCACUUAAGCAGAGAUUUACACAUCUAGCCUCAGAGCUCAGCAGCUUCCCAUUGUAGCACUGUGUGGUGUGAAUUCUCCAAUUGUUUGUCUCCCCCACAAUUGCUUGUGAGCUCACAGAUUGUAUGAUGCAAUUCCCAUUAAUGCCAGAAAUGUUCUCCCAUUUCCAACAGCAGUUUUUGCUACUGUUGAGAUAAAAGACAUAGAUAUUGAAUGUUUAACACACCCUUGGCAAGAAUAAAUUACCCUAAUGGUAUAUCAAUAUACUGUGACUGUUAAAAGUAUAUGACGCCUCAGGUGUAGAAGUUGACCAGAGAGUAAAUAUGGUGCUGCCUAGCUAGAAUACAAUGUCUCAAACUUUCAGCAUAGGUUCAGCUUGGUAAUUUUUUUUUUCCAAAUUCUAAAAGCAUGAUUUCUUAAUUUACCUAGACAUUGUUCUUUCUAUAUCCAAAUCAAACUACAUAAUGAAAUGCCUUGGCUGUAAAGGGGGUUUCUUUGUUUUUGGCUGCAAAUGUUAUUGUAUUUCUUAUCAGACUAGAUGUUAAAUUGAAAUGAAGUAGAGGAUGCAAUACAAAAGAAAAAGAACAAUGAAAACCUGAGCAUAUUGUAGAGAACAUAAUGUUUCUAUUUUUCAAUACCUUGUUUAAUUCAAAAGUUAUUAAGUGCCCUUUCAUAAAUUUCAUCUCAAAUUCAGAAAUAUAGUGUCAUGUAUCACAGUAACAAUGUGCAAGGCAGAAACCUGAAUAUUUUUCUUUAAAUUGGGUGCAAAAACGUGGAGGGUGAGAGAAAGUCUUGUGAAAGCUCUUCUUUUUCAUGAGGGGAUGACUGAAACCACUAGAGGGCAGCAGAACCUCAGAAAUAUAAAUAUGUCAUCCAAUUUCUAAAUUCCAGACAUCAGCUUGUAAUUUGUUUAAAGUGUGCUUGGAGCUAUUUAGCCUUUUGUCACUCAGCCCAAGGUGCAGGGCAGAAAACCAUCUUGUAACUUGCCAAAGACAUUUGCUUGCUAACUGAUUUAUUUAUUGGUGACCCAAUGUCCUGCUUUCUGAGUAGGAUCAGCCAGCCCGGGUGUUCUGACAAGGAUGACCUUGUUGUCAGAGAAUUAAGGAGAAAAUAAGAUUGGCCUUCGGUGAAGAGGUAGAUGGAAAACAUGGGCAUAUGCCAAAAAAACCAAAGGUCAAGUGUUUGCCAAGUAGUUGCUGCAAGCAUUUUCAAAAGAGUUUAGUGGAAAUCAUUAGGCCUAGACUGUACAGGCUUAAUUUUUUCAAAGGUUAACAAUGCAGUCUAUACAUGUGCAAGUAAAUCCCAUUGCAUUUAAUAGGGUUUACUCCUAGGAAACAAUACAGGAUUGCAGACCUGUCCACGCUUAACUCAAUGGAGCUUAUUUUAUUUGUUAAAUUUAUAUACCACCCUUCAUCUGAGGAUUACAGGGUGGUUUACAGUAUAAAAACAAAAAAUACAUAACAUAAUGGGAAACAAAACUAUUACCCUCUGCCCAGUUUAAAAGGCCAUAGAUUGUUUAAUUAGCCAGAGGCCAGGGAGAAGAGGAAAGUUUUCCCCAGCACCUAAAGAUAUGUAAUGAAGGCACAAGGCAAGUCUUCCACAAAGCUCGCUUCUGACAUCUAUAAAAUUACACUGCACAUUUUUGUAUAUUCCUUCCAGCACAUGUGAGGUAAAAGUGUUCAGAGCACCGCCUUGUCCUGGUUUGUGGGGAUCAGUUUCAGUUGUUACAGCCUGAAGAUGCAGACAGUGUCUAGCCUACUACCACUUCUCCUGAACCUUGCCCAUCAUGGCUAAUAAAAGUUAGCUAGGAUUGUCUGACAGGAUGGAUUCAGGGUGUGGUUAAUGCCUCAUUUAGGAAAGCAGGAGGUACUCCUGGCCAUUCUGAAGGGGACAGAAGUGAGCUCCCUGUUUUCUACCCUACUUUUAGGCAUCAGCAUAAGAUGAAUUUAUUUUUCGGUGUUUAUGGUUUUGGCUGAUGUAAAAGAUAGAUUGCUGCUGGAUUGUCUGAAUGUAUGGUUUAUCUUUUUGAUGUUUUGUUUUGAUAUUUGCUUUAUAUUAUUGGUUUUAAGGUUGUUGUAUUGAUUUGUGUAUUUUAAUAUAUUGUUAUAAACCACCCUUUGAGGGAAGCUUCAAAUAGAAGACCAAUAGUAAUAACAUGCAUAGCUGUUAAUAAUAGGGGAUAAUGGCUGGCAGGCAUCCAUUCAGACUGAUAUUAUAAACCAAGGGUAGGGCAACUCCAGCCCACAGGCCAACCUUUGGGUCAAAUUUGGCAAAGAAGGACAUUUUUCAAAAAUCAUGCCCACCUGCUGAUCAGCUUAUGUCGCUCUUAAUUCAAGAGGGUUAGACAGGCCUUUAUCUAAUGAGAUGUCAACUGAGAGUCUUUAGGUUUGUCUCUGAAUUCCUGAGGCAGAGGGAUGCAGGUAUUAUUUAUUUUAUUUUAUUUUAUUUAUUUAUUAUUUUUAUUCUAUUUAUAUACUGCCCUUCACAAGAUCUCAGGGUGGGUCACAGAAUAAAAACAAGGUAAAAACACAGUUAAUAGUUAAAACAAAAACAACAAAACUAUAGCUUCGCCCUUCCCACAAACACAUUUAAAAGGCUGUAGGAUAUUAAUCAGCCAAAGGCCUGAUUAAAAAGGAACAUUUUUGCCUGACGCCUAAAAAUAUAUGAUGAAGGCACCAGACAAACCUCCCUGGGAAGAGCAUUACGCAAAUGGGGAGCCACUGCCGAAAAGGCCCGUUUCCGUAUUGCCACCCUCCAGACCUCGGAUGGAGGAGGCACACAAAGAAGGGUUAAUUACACUCUUGAUUACCCGGAACUUUCUUCUUAAGUUUGUCUGAUUUCCCAUUUCUCACUUUUACAGGGCCGCACAUUCUGACAAUAGCUGUUUUCACACUUGCUGGGGUUGUGGUGGUAGUUCUGAUCAUCGCUCUGCUGCUACUGAGGUACAGUCCUCAUUUCCUCUUCCUCUGUCCUUCCUUGACCUAAGUCCACAAAUUCUUUCUGAAAUUUACGCUCUUGAAGUCUCUGUACAAAGGUCAACUAGCAUAAAGGUAAAGGGACCCCUGACCGUUAGGUCCAGUUGCAGACGACACUGGGGUUGUGGCGCUCAUCUCACUUUGCUGGCGGAGGGAGCCGGCAUACAGCUUCCGGGUCAUGUGGCCAGCAUGACUAAGCCGCUUCUGGUGAACCAGAGCAGCGCACAGAAACGCCGUUUACCUUCCCGCCAGAGCAGUACCUAUUUAUCUACUUGCACUUUGUGCUUUUGAACUGCUAGGUUGGCAGGAGCAGGGACCGAGCAACGGCAGCUCACCCCGUCGCGGGGAUUCAAACUGCCGACCUUCUGAUCGGCAAGCCCUAGGCUCUGUGGUUUAACCCACAGCACCACCCACAUAGAUGAGCUAAAUUGCAUAAGCUCUGGCACCCCUUGCUCUCCCAGCUGUUCAAGCCCCCUGUGGUGGAUUUGCUGCUUUGACUAUGUCACCUACUUGGUCAAAAAGGUUCCUUCUCAUUCUCUCCUUCCCUUUCCCCCUCCACCUGACGCAUGCUAGCAGAUAAACUUCAGUAAUGGAAUAUCUGCAUCCCAUCUUUGAGUUGUAGCAGUUUAGUCAUUGGGAGUUUUGAUACUGGCUUGAGGUCAGUGCACACUUUAAGGUUACGGUACUUCUAAGAAGUCUGCUUUCAGCUUGACUCAAACUGACUCGUCAAAAAGGUCAAUAUUUCCAUUCAUUAUCAGACAACUAGCGUCUGAAGUUCUUAAAAUGUCGUGCCUGUCCACGGCACCUAAUUCCAGAUUCAAAUGCUUCAAAAAUUACUGCAAGUAUACCUGUCUUUCUGAUGUACAGGAAAUAUAGAAGAGCCAUUGAACUCCAGAAAAAAUGGUCCCACAUCCCAUCUGACAAGAUUGUUCCUCUGGAGACUAACGAGACAAGUCAUGUUAGUCUGAAGGUAGGAAACAGCAGUCGUCUAUGGCACAUGUUCUCCUUCACAAUAAAAUGGUACUGGGUGCCUCCUGAACAUAGUAAACCAUGAUGUUGGAACCAUAGACGCUAUCUAGAAAACUCUUGAUAUCCUAAUCUCUGUGUAUGGCCUCACAUUGGCUAGGAUGGAAGGUGAGAGGGAGAAUAGCUGGAGAAAAAAUAAGUGUGCCAUCUCUGUACAACUUGAGCCUAGAUGGAGGUGGUUCAAAGCUUUACAUUUCAAGAGUUUUCUGUUUCUCUCCUCACUGUAGUCUUGCGGCCCAGCAGCAAAUCAGCCAUGUCUCUCUAACUUCCUCCUGUCCGCUUACAUCACACAGUUCCUACUAAGUUUUCAUGGUCUCGCUUUUCUAACUCAGGGAGGGGUGCCACACUUUUGAUGUGCUAAUUGAUCAUUAUCCCCCCAAGCCAUUACCUCAGAGGAAAUUAGGCUGACUCAAUUUCCUUUCAACUCAGGUUGAUUUCCUUGGAUUAAGAAGUACCUAAUACACAAUUUAGUAAAUUUGCCCAGCAUAAUUUGCUUUCACACAUGCUAAUUAAAUGAUUAGAAGCGUCUAGUACACAGGUCAAAUACACAUCUUUAACACACGUGAGUCUGGUUAUUUCCCAGUUCUAACACCCCAACCUUAAUUAAAUUCUAACACUAACUUGAUCUGGAAUUUAGGGUUUCUUGCACCCACAGUAACAAUAUUUAGUAGAUGUCUGUGAUCUUACAUGACUUACAUUCCAAAUAACAUUCACAAUUCUGCUACUCUUACAAUUAUUUAUUUUACUGGAGUGGAGUGAGGAAGGAACAAGCUUUUCCCAGACAUUAAAUGGCAUGAUCUAAAUGCUUAGAAAUACAGUCUUCUACCCCACAGCAGAGAAAAUUAUGAACUGUGAGUUCGAAAUGGUAAGCGAGUAUGCAUGUAUUGUUUAAAAUCUCUUCAAGCGCAAAGGACCACAACACAACUCAUGAUUGGAGAAGUAUAUUUGAGUCUGAUGCCCUUACAAAUUGCGGGAAACAUAGGUGCUAAAUUAUAUUUUUCUUGCACACACCAGGAUGGGAUAUAUUACCUGUGGUGUUGUAAUCUGAGGUUGCAGUGGGUGGAAGACCUGCUAUUUCUGCAGCAAGGUCCUUGUCACCAGCAUCUUAGAACCACCUAAUCUGCAUGAAACGGGAGCUUUACAGCCACUAUAUGCUCGAAAGCCAAGCAUUUAGGAACACAGAAAACACAAGAUGCUUAGUUUCAAGAGAAUGGUGUGCAAGUGCUGCUAAGUACCAUAGAACUUCAAGGAAAGCAUAACAAGUCACUCUGAAAUAUGAUAUUGGAGCAUUCAAAAGAAUUUGUCUAUAUAAUGUGCACAGAAGCAGUAGAUCUAGCUGAAAGGCAACACAAGGGCACCUGCAUUGAUUAAUUCAAUGCACCCCUAAUGGUUAUUAUUGUGUAAUUAUAAGGUUAUUGUAUAAUAUUAGAAAGAAUGUGGCUGUGACCAUCAUGAAGGGACCCUGCUGUUCUGAAUCUAAAACUACGCUAAAACUAUGCAUUCCUGAAGUCAGCUAAAUAAGCCUUCUUUGAUUCUCAGAUUGAUGACGACACAAGGCGUGACACCAGCCAGAGGCUGCGUCAAGGCAAAUAUGACAAGAAGGUACAUUUACUCCAGCAUCUCUGCUUUUCUCCUCUGGAAAUGAUCUUGUACAAGAUAAGGUGCCAUUUCAUGCUCAUUCCCAGUUACUUGCAAACCACAGGGAUACAAUAGAGCAGAGGUUCUUAAACUGUGGUGUGCCAACCAUUUUUGGUCUAUCUGCUCUAUUUAGGUAGUCCCUGGAAAGGCUGCAGAACUGUUGAAAUUAUCUAUACUUGGCCUUGCAGUUGAUUUAUUUUUUUACAAUGAUGAAGGUUGAGGCCAUUUUGACGAGGACUAGAUUACUGAACAGGGCAGCAAGUCUCUGUUUUGCACAGCACUGUUCUUAAACAAAGCCUAUGUAUUAAAAUUUUAAAAAUAUAAAUAGGAUCCAGCAGACAAAAUAUAUAAAGAGGGAUUGGCAGUGAAGGGAGACAGGAAUGUGGAAGCAAUGAGGUUAAGGGUAGCCUAAGAACACAGAGAGGGGUAAGAAUUGCAGGAGGAGAGGGUGCUUGCCAAGCUCCCUGAAAUGGGAGUUGCGGCAAGAGGAGAAGUGCUGCUCUUUCCUAGCACAAAAAGAGUUCGGAUUCAUUUUCAGAAAAUACCAACCAAAUGGACAGAUAACAAUUAAGUCAUCAGACCCAUCAGAGACAUUUUAUAUUCUAAAAGAACAAUUUGAAUAGUUGUGACUUAAGCUUUCCUGGUCUACUUCAUGAGAGAGGAUUAGAUCGUCUGACUUUCCAUGAUAGCUUCCUGCAAGCGUCUGUAGUGCUUUGCUACAUUUGGCUGUUAACCAAAAAGGUUGGUGGUUCAAGUCCAGCCAUGGAUGGUUUCUGUUGUUUUAUUUUGCUCCCAUCACAAUUAUUUCUCACUGUAUCUAGGCAGAAGGAAUUGUGGGUGAGGCAGGGGGUGGAGGGGUACAGCUGUGAAAUAUGUGUGUCUAUAUAUGUGGCCUGUUGGAUAAGAAAAUGAAGUAACUAGGUGUCGGGAGGUACAGGCAGUACAACUCCAGCAGUUUAAAGGCUGUUCGAGAAGGAUAAAAGGGUCUCCUGGUUGCCUGAUCUUGCUUUUUCAAGAAUAUUGUCACAAAUUUCUUUCUUUCCUUCCUUCCUUCCUUCCUUCCUUCCUUCCUUCCUUCCUUCCUUCCAAUUCCUUUCAGCUUCACAUGUUUGAAGUGUAACGUUUUGUGCUCUUGGUCCAUCCAGCCUUCUAAGGCUGCUAUCCUAGCUAUGUGUCCUCAGAAGUAAAUCCUAUUUCAUUCUAAGGGGGUUACUGCCAGGUAAUUGAGAUCAGGAUUGCUGCCCAAGAAGCAAGCUACCACUACCUAUCUCUCACUGUGAUUAGUUCUGUUGCCCUCCACAUCAGCUCAAUUGAACUAUGAUGCAGCCAAAAGAAAUAUAAUUAUUCCUGUAAAUAAAAUAAUCAUCACUGAAGAGCAACUGGAGCAGUUGCACAUUAUGGGGUAAGGAGGUCUCAUUGAGGUAUUGAGGUUUGGGUGGAUAUUGGGAGGACUUGCACACAAUUGCAGAGAGGUAGGCAAAUAUCAGUCUUGUGCAAGACCUCCAUUAUUGAAGAUUAAAAUAAACAAACAACUGGAAAUGGAUACCCCCCCUCCUAAAAAUAUCAAUUUGCAUAUUGUGAAGCAUAAUUGCUUAGGUUGGCCCCAUUUGCUUUUGUAGUCUUGUGCACUACUGGGAAUUUUGUGGUUUUUGUUUUUUAAAAUAGGUGCUUACACAGUUACAGAAAUACCUGAGCUCGUGCCCAUAAAGAAGGCAGGGAAGGAGUGAUUGAGGGAAGGGACAAUAAUAAACACUUGGGAUAUUUUCCACCAAGCUCUACCAACUCAUAUAGAUGACAAGCGGUGGAAGAGCAAUGAAUAUAGUAACUCAGAAAACAGGAGUGGACUUACUUGAGUCAUUUGCGCAAUGUGCAUGCCAAAAGGAGAAAGUGUAUCUGAAAAGCCCAUUUGCAGGGGGUGGGGAGCCUCCGUGUGGACCUGAACUGGAUAAAGCUGACUGAUGAAAUGUUUUGUUCACCUAGUUCUUCUCUUGUUACCUCUUUGUACGUAUAAAGGAUUCUCAUUGCACUUAGAUCAUAUCACAACCCUUGCAAAGGAUAAUGGUGCCCAUUUCCCCAUCAAUGGUUAAGUAAUGUAACAUUUCAUGUAAAUGUAUUUCUAAAAUAUAACCUACAUAUCCAGACCUCUCAUGACAUUGUACAAUACAUGGAUUACUGUGAUGCUGCUAUUCAUUCCUACCAACCCUUUUGAUUUUCCAGGUGAUAAUCCUGAAGGAUUUAAAGCACAAUGAUGGGAAUUUUACAGAGAAACAGAGAAUAGACCUAAACAAGGUAAACACUAAACCCACAACCACAGCAUAUCCACUGAAAAAUGUAGACCACAAUUUUCUUUCUUCUUAUUUCUUUCAUAGUGCAGAUGUUAAGCGCUUCCUUUUCCAAUAAGCCUUCUUCAGUGUGCCAGAUCUCACUGCAGAGGCAAUGUAGAAAGCUCAUUUUUCAGAACUUAUUCAAUGUAACCCUGCGGGCAUUGGCAUACACCAGGGGUAGGCAACCUAAGGCCCAGGGGCUGGAUGCGGCCCAGUUGCUUUCUCAAUCCAGCCUGCGGAUGGUCCGGGAAUCAGUGUGUUUUUACAUGAGUAGAAUGUGUGCUUUUAUUUAAAAUGCAUCUCUAGGUUAUUUGUGGGGCAUAGAAAUUUGUUCAUUUUUUUUUUCAAAGUCCGGCCCACCACAUGGUCUGAGGGUUGGUGGAACCGCCCACGGCUGAAAAAGGUUGCUGACUCCUGGCAUACACUUUUGAACUGGAAAGCACUGAGUGAUAGUAGCUGAACAAUAGCAUAGCAGCAUAGGAGGACAUCAUAUUCCCAUACCAAGCAGCAUAGGAGGACAUCAUAUUCCCAUACCACUGUAUCUAAUUUUCCACGUCAUCAUUCUGCUUCUAACAUGCCCAUUAUUUUUGUCCUAGCUCCUUCAGAUUGACUAUUACAAUCUCACUAAGUUCUACGGAACUGUCAAGAUGGACACGAUGAUCUAUGGAGUGAUUGAAUACUGCGAGAGAGGAUCAUUGCGGGUAAUUAGCUCUGUAGCUCACUCAUCAGUUUGUACAAAGACAGGUGAUAACCCAUCACAUCUAAAGACAAGUCCUUGCUGGGGCCAGAAAUAGGCAGUGGGGAAGAAGGGUAGUUUGUGUUGCUCUUGGUCUUGUAAGUUUCUCAGUACUACCAUCAAUAUUGCAACUGGAGAAACACAAUCUUUAGCACUGAAUUGCUAUAAACAGCAAUUGGGCUUUCCAAUGAUUGCCAUUUGUUCCAAUUUAUUGCUAAAGAACGAGUUUUCCAGGGGAAGGCGGUGGGGCAAAGGCAAAACCACUCAGCCCCUUCCUUUUUAGGCACAGGACAAGCAGAAGUUUGAAUGAGCCCUUUGUGGCUUCAACAUUAAGCCAGCUUUUCUAUCCUGCAACCCGUCACACCCUUUUGUUUACUAGUUAGCCUGAUGAAUAGUUCUGGAGGGCUCAAAAGAUUGCUCACUAUUUUGUGACAUGUUGGUUGGUUCUAAUUAGCUACCACGUAUGAAUUUUGGAUUUUUUUUUUAAAAAUGAAACAACACUACUUCCUUUGUUUUUAGAGAAGAUUCUUACCACAGCUUCUUUGUCAUCUUUUCAUCUCAGGAUGUCUUGAAUGAUAAAAUCUCCUACCCAGAUGGCACCUUCAUGGACUGGGAAUUUAAGAUUUCUGUCAUGUAUGAUAUUGCAAAAGUAAGUAGAUGGAUGGCAAUGAGGAACUUAAUGAGGCAUAAUCUUGCCUUGAGUGAAUGAUGGGAUAUAAGGUAUUUUGCUGAAAUGUCUAACAACAGGAUUCUAUAAGUACUAUUUGCCCUUCAAUAGGAAAUCUGAUUUUUUUUUUCCUGUUGAGAGCUGGGACACUUAAUGCUUGUUAAAUUCUGACAUUUUGCUGAAAUGAGAGAGAAAAUAAUAAUAAUACUGCACCUAAAUGAAAGAGUGAACUUUAUUUAAGAAACUGAGAUUGUGGUUACCAUUUUUUUUAGAAAUGUAAAAAUAACGCUCUCAGUAGGAAAAGGCUUUUCAGCUAAAGUGGAAAGAAAUUCAAAAUGAGCCACAAAUUAAGAAGGCCUUACUGUGCAUCCACAAUGCUGCAGCUGAAGAUAAAAGUUACCUUUACCUUUAGUGCUUUUAAAGGUAUGAAUUUCAUGCAUGGGAAUUUUAAUCACCCUUUUGCUCAUGUGAGCCCCCACAUGCCAACAGAUAUAGGUGACCCAGGUUUACAACUUCAGUGAGAACUAGGCCCUAUACUGUAUAUGUCUAUGCAAACCUGAUUCUGGAGUUCAAAAUGUUUUCUACUUUGGUACACAUGUAAAAUAGUGUCCUGGGCCUAUUUCUAUGUAGUAACAUAUUAUUAUGAAGUUAAUUAUUUGUUUUACAUUUUUUUAACUACCCUUCAAAAUAUCAAAUAUCAAAAUAUUACAGCGUGGUAUACAACAUUGUGAAUAAAUAGUAAUUCACACACAACCCAUAAAUACAAAUUAAUUUAAAACUUAAAAAUUUAAAACUAGUGAACAAGCAUUAAAAAAUCAACAAAUUUAAAGGAAAUUUAAAAAUCCCAAUAAGCUGAACAACUAAAGAACAAACUAGAACAAAGAGAAAUAAUUUAAAAUCUACAUCUGCCUGUGCAUAUAGGAAGAUCUUCAGCUGGUGCUGUAAAGUGUAUUCCUUUCUCUCAAAUUUUAUUUAAAAAUUUCCAAAAUAAAAAAACUUGCCUCCUUGGGGAGGAAACUGCAAAGUUGGGGUGCCACAGCAGAAAUGGUGAAGUUGGGGUCCCAGAAUGCAAUACAGCUCCAACAGGGGACCUGGAGACGGGUCUCUGCAGAAGAUGUUAAUCAAACAUUAGCUCAUUUUAUGAUCAGAAGGUACUGUCAGGUAGGGUCAGUCUGAUCAGUUCCAUUUGUUUCUCACAUUAUUAGCAAAAUAUAUAUAUAUUAUUUAUGGAUUCUGGCUUACUUUGGAUCUGGACACCUCUGCAGAAUCUGCACGCUUGUUUACAUUCUUUGUAGGGCAAAUAACUGCAGGCUAAGACACAGCGGUUACUGAACGUUCUAGUCUCUGACACUUCUUUGAUGCACGUUUAGGACAGAAGUUUGAGCCGCUGGGUCUUCACUGUGAACUCAGACUACAAGGUCUCUGCCUCACAACAGAAGGGAACAGUGUCUGUUGCUAUCCUUCUCCUCCUGAUUCUGAGUUAAUCCUUCCAGUCAGUGCUUGGAUGUGAGGCAAAGAUGGGCAUUUCUAACAGCAUCUGCCUAUACUUCAGUUCUAAGGCAGACAUUUGACACCUCAUUUUAAGAUCAGUCAGCUGAGUGUCCCAACCUUCAGCUGGAACAUGGCAGAAGUAUUCCCUGGAAGAAACAUAAUCAGAACCAUGGUGCAAGAUGAUAAACACAAAGAACUGUGGGGUCCCCAACCCCAUAUUUGCCUGCUGUUUAACUUGGCUUAGAACAUCUCUUGCGGGAGAGAGGCUUCUGCAAUUCAAAAGAAUUUGUGGCCACUAAUGCAGGUUACACAUUUGCAUUACACAUUGAUUUAAGUAAAGGCUGCUUUAAGCUUCCUCUCUGAAAACUCUGACAGAGUGUACUCUUCCAGAAUAAGGGAAGAGAGGUAAAACGUUUCUGUAUCCUCUCAGCCUAUCAAACAUAGAAAAGAUCCACCAGACCUAAUGAAGAAAUAGGCUUUCACUCAGCCAGCUUCUAUCACAUAUGGCUUUCUGUGGGGGGUGGAUGGUGCAAUCCAUGUAGUUUAGCCCUCUCAGCGUGUCAAAAAUGCCAGAAGAGAGGGUGUGUCAGGAAAAACAAGAAGCUGUAAGUGCAAGUCAGACUUGUUUUCAUUUCCUCCUAAAAAUGUGGUGUUUUGCUUGUUUUUCCAUUUUUAUUGCCUAUUGGCAUAUGCAUAUUUUUCCCCUCCCAAAAAACUAAGGAGGAGUGAGUGUACAGCUUCCAAUUUUUAUUUUUAUUUAUUUUUUAAAUGGAGAGAACGCUGAAGAGAAAUAGGGAAAUACGUUGUCUCUGUGGUGGAAAGACAAUCAGGUUGGUUGCUUCAGAUCAUACUACAAUAGAAUUGUAGAGAUGAAAGGGACCCCAAGGGUCAUUCUAGUCCCACCCCCUUUGAUGCAGGAAUCUCAACUAAAGCAUCCAUGACAGAUGGUCAUCCAACCUCUGCUUCCAAGGAAGGAGAGUCCAUCACCUUCCAAGGGAGUCCAUUCCUCUGUUUAACAACUCUUACCAUCAAAAAGUUCUUCCUUAUGUUCAGUUGGAAUCUCCUUUCUUGUAACUUGAAUCCAUUGGUUCAAGUCCUACCCUCCGGAGCAGGAGAAAAUAAGCUAUCUCCAUCUUCCAUGUGACAGCCCUUGAUAUAUUGGUAGAUGGCUAUCAUAUCUCCCUCUCAGUCUCCUCUUUUCCAGGCUACAUAUACUCAGCUCCUACAACCGUUCCUCAUAAGGAUGGGGGAGCCUGAUGUUCCUCUCUCAGCAGAGCCAAUGGGGUGGGCCUGUGUUACUAAUUCUGUUGCUGCUGCAGCCUCACGGAAUGACUGCCGGGUGACAGUUGCCGGAGGGAAGAGCUUGGUGGAGCUGAUCUCUCAGCAGAGCUGAUGGAAAUGGUCCUUCAGUCCUCCGACUUCCUCUGCCGCAGCCAGAUAAAACAGUCAUUCCCCCUCCCUAGGAAACUUGGGGCAGACACUAAAAUUAAGCAGACACUUGUGGGUUUUUUUGUCUCUCUUCAUAUCCUAGGGAAUGUCCUACCUGCAUUCCAGCAAAACAGAGCUUCAUGGCCGCCUGAAAUCUACAAACUGUGUUGUGGAUAACCGCAUGGUUGUGAAGAUAACCGAUUAUGGCUGCAAUUCUAUUCUUCCACCAAAAAAAGGUACACAAGGAAGAUGAAUUCCUCACUCGGGAAUUCCUCAUGAAUAUUUGUAGGCUGACUGCAUUUUAUAGGAGAACUGUCGGGAAAUGUGGCAUUAAUAUUCUGUUACUUCAGUAUAGCACUAUAGUUACGGUAUGACUAUAUUUCCCCCCCAACUGCCUCCGCUAAGCCACACAGCACCACAGCUUGAAGCAGUAGUGUAGCUAUGAGAAUCCAACAGUGGUAUGAUGUGAUUUCUGAUGCCAUCUGCAUGAGGAUCAGAAACAGCUGAAAUUGGAAGAUAUGCCUGUGCCCAGGGCCAACCCUACAAUUGGGCCGACUGAGGCAACAGCUUGUGGUGACAAAUGUUGCCCAACCAUUUCUUCUGAGAUGCAUGGCCAGCCAUUCUCCUUUGUCUCAGGAAGUAAAAUGUGUUGGGCCAACCCUACCGAUGCCAGUGUUUUGUUUGGUUUUAGUUCAUUUCAUAAAUUUCGUAAAUUGCUUUUCGCUGAGCCCCCAAAGCAGUAGACAAUUGUUGACCAAUUUCAUCCGCUUGUUUCUGUCACACACACACUCUUCCUGCUCCUCAGAUCUCUGGACUGCUCCUGAACACCUCCGCCAUGGUGACAUAUCUCAGAAAGGCGAUGUGUACAGCUUUGGAAUUAUAGCACAAGAGAUCAUACUGCGUAAGGAGACCUUCUACACUGACAAUUGUCGGGAUCAUAAAGGUAAACAUUGUACGUAAUGAAAAGGCUUGAUGACAGGUUUUCCAGGGAUUGCCAUUUGCAUUUGCCAUUCAGCAGUAAAAUGCAAUUUUUCCUGGGGAAAGUUUGAACAUAUGAAGGGGCAAUGAAAGAGCAUGGGCCAAGCCUUGCCCCUUCAUUGAGGCUGCAUGCACUAGGCCAAUGCCCUGCCCAUGUGCUCUGGCCUUUAGUUUAAAGGAAGCUGCCUUGCUUUCAUGUUGGAUUUCUACCUGUGGAGCAUGUUAAUUAGAAAUCUACUUAGACUUUCCAACAUGGGGAUAAGAACCUUGCUUGACCACAAAUGUUCAAAUACUUGUAACAGGAAUGUGGUGGGACACCCAGGAUGUGAGAUGGCUGGGCAGAGGGAGGGAGAAAUGGGGGAUGUAGAUUCUUUUUCCUCUUUUUCAUCUUGCAUCUUAUCUUGGUGCCGUGCCGAAGAAAUGCAGAUAUCUUCCUCAACCUGUCAGUUCACCCCAGUAGGCACUCUUAAUUUCGCAUGUCUCACAAAUCGAAAAACCACCAUAUGCAGACCUUUAUCAAAGAAUGAGUGUGUUCAUUCAGAUCUAGGAUUUUGGUCUAAGCCCAUCUUGUUUUAUAUAAUACAACCUUGACACAAUCUGCUUGCCUAGAAAAGCUCUGCUUCUUGUGUUAAAGUGUCUUCUUCAUGUGCUGAAUUGUUCUGUAUAUCUUUUCCCCUCUCCUGUUUUAGAGAAACUUUGCAGAGUAGAAAGCAAUAAAGGAGCAAGACCUUUCCGGCCGGAUCUUCUAUUGCAUUCAGAGGGGGAGAAAAAGCAAGAGGUAAGGCCAUGUUGAAAGAAAGCCAAGCUCAACUGAAUAGUAAGAGGUUAUGCCCACGGCAUGCACAGGUUAAAACUAGCAAGUUUGACAGAGAGGAGUGUAAUCAACUUUUUUUCUUCCAGUGUUUUGCCUUUACACCACAUUAACAUCUCCUAUUAACAAUCCCAAUGCACAGAAGCCAAUGUAAUGAGCUUUCAUACAUCAUAAUAGCUCCUGACUUAGCUGCUGGUUAUUUUAACAGUUUGGAGUGGGUAUGGUAUCGGGGAGGGAGGGGUGCUAUAGGUUAACUUAGAUAACACUGAUUACCUGGCAAGUGUGACCUGCAUUCUGAUUGACUGAAAAAGUGCUAGGGAAAAUCUGGGAAGUGAUCAAGAGCAAAAAUUACCAGUUAUCCAACCAGUUUAGUUAACAUGUUUCACAACUGGCAGAAAAGAGGUGUGUCCUUUUUUUGUGAUGGUGGGGCAAUUUCUGUUUCUGUUUGCUUUAAAUUUAAGGCUAAGGCCUUGCAUAAGACUGAUAAAGAAGUAUUGUGCAAGACCUCUAUAUUGUUGUUGUUGUUAUUAUUAUUAUUAUUAAUAAUAAUAAUAAUAAUAAUACGAUGUCUGCAUUGCUUUGUUGUCUGCUCUUAAAUGGAGUGUGUGCCUUUGAUCAUGUGGCAAAGGUAUUUGGGUUCAAAUCUCCUUUUAGGCUCUCUAGGAGUGAGGAUGUACAAAUGAACCUUUCCAAGAGGGACUACAGCUCCAGGCAAAAUGGAAGCUGUAAGGAGAGGGAGGCCUUCUAGGUCUGUUUGGAAUUACAUUUUAUUUCUUAUAAAUGCUGAGCCUGUGCUGGACAUGUACAAGAUAUUGUAUGGGACUAUUUGGGUGUAUCUUUUAUGUUUUGUUCUGUUUUGAAUAAAAUUUUGUAAGUAAAGCUUGAAUCAAACUAAUGGGUCUGGACAACAGUUUAGUCCGAAAGGAGUAAGUUUUUAUGCAUCCAGUUGCUUCAAGCUGCACAUUAUUAAUAUCUACAAUACUUUGAACAGGGCAUCUGGCAACUGGUGAAAAUAGGAUCCCCCCCCCCUUUUGGUAUUGAUGGGCCACCAGAAAAAAAUGGUAUAGUUUGUGCUUAGGUGAGGAUCAAAAAGAGAUAUAGGUGUGGUUAUGGAGAUCACCCACUGAAACUUCACCACACACAUUACAAACUGCUUACCAUAAUAAAUAAAUAAAACACACUAACAAGCUUCCAUACCAGGAGUGACUGCAGAUGUAAAAUGAGUUAUUUUACUAAUCAGAUUUUCCAUGGCAAAGGAAAAACUGGAUUAAAACUGGACAUGAGCAGAAUCUGGAAUAGGUGACCAGCAGCAACCCAUUACACCUGGAAAGGGCAUGUCUACCUGAGCUUGCAAAAAUAAGGGGUGGAACUUGGUGCUCCAGAGAGUGGCUGAUUGAGUUAUGAAAAUGGUGGGAAGAAGGUUGGAUAUUGUUACAACAUAGUCUUUGAAGGCAGUUUGGGUUGCUAAGGAUUAUGUGGUGGGGGAGCACUAUUUUAGUUUUCAUCAUGGAAACCAAAAUAUCUAAAGUAGUCCUGUAUUGGAUUGUGCAUCCCUAGGUAUAUCUCCUCGUGGAAAGCUGCUGGGAGGAAGACCCAGAGAAGAGACCAGAUUUUAAGAAAAUUGAGACUACCUUGGCUAAGAUAUUUAGGUAUGAAAGUGAUUUACUUUGAUAGAAAAAAGUUCUGCUAAACCAGAAUGAUAGUUCAGAGGGAGAAGUCUGGCAGAUUUCCACUCUGGCCACAUGGCAGCCAUACACUGGUGUCAUGUACAUGAAUUUCCUUGUGUUGUCAGCCUUCAAAUUCAUCCUUGUCCUUAUAACAUUCCCAGCAACUACCACAGCCAAACCAAUGAAAGCUACAUGGACACCUUAAUCCGACGCCUGCAGCUGUAUUCACGGAACCUGGAGCACCUGGUAGAAGAGAGAACUGAGCUGUACAAAGCAGAGCGAGACAGAGCUGACAGGCUUAACUUCAUGCUUCUUCCAGGGUGAGUGCUGUCCAAUCAGACAAGAAAUCACCAGGGGGGGGCUCUAAACAAGUUAUCAUUGCUUAUUUAUAGGAUUGUGUGCACCCCAGUCUCUGAGGAGCAUGUGACUCAAGGGGUUCCAGCAUUAAGCCAGGAUUUGGUUUCUUUGGAAUGAAGGUCAAUUGAGACUUUGAUGUAUUAAGGAUAUAUGGCUUUGUUUACACAUAUACACAAUCUGACCAUAGGAUAAAAAGGCUCACAAAGUUGACACUCCAGCAGAUCUUGCUUCCCCACUAGGUUUCCAGGCUCCACAAACCCAUAGCUCUGGAUUCAGCCCACAGAGAAAUGCCAAGCGUCUCUGUCCAGCCCAGCUAAAACUCAAAAUAAAAACCCUAGCAGGGGUGAUGUCAGGGGCACACUAUGUUGGCUGCAGCCUUCUGCAGGUGUGUGCCCAGCUGUGGGAUUCUGCCAACCUGAAGCUCAUUUACUAAAUGUCUCUUACGUUUUGCCUUAGUUGCCCUUUACUAAAAUGCUCCAACCUCUUAAGCAUUUUGUAGGAAAGAUGCUCCCUUCUUGGUAAUCUUAGGCCACAUUUUCUGGAUCAUCUGCAGCCUUAUGUUCUUUUUUUAGAAGUUGUAACUAGAACUGCAGGCGCUCUGUUGUGUGUGAGAGAAAGACAGGCAGAGAUUUAAAUGACUGCUAAAUAAUGAAGGGCAAGUAGACAGAAUAGUAUAUAUGAACAUGAAGUCAAUCCAAGUUUGGUUUCAAGAUAGACUUGUACUUCCUGACAUUGUGUUAACUAUGGGUUUGAAUCACAUAGCUGGAAAGGGCACAAUUGGACUUACCCCAUAUCUUCAAGGAAGCGCUGGUCUCUGCCGGCAUGGGAUACAACUGCCUAUAAGCUUUUGCCUGCCCCAGCCACCAGCUGCCAUGAUGUAGCAGAGACAGAAAUUUAGUAAAACAGAAUAGAAUUACACAACCUGGAAUUCUGCCAGGAAACAGAACUUCCAUGUUGAGAGAAAGGAAUUGUGUGCUUGAGUUUGUGCACACAAAUAAGCAGUUCUAACACCAGUUUCCAAUUCUGACCAGGUAGGUUAGAGUCAAGCAGAAGAAGGUUUGUCUCCUCAAUUAUAACACAAGCACUAAUAGCUUAUAUAUCUGUACAGCUGAAAUGUCCCUGGGCAUGAAAGAGGAUCAAAAGGCCAUCCUGUCAAAUCUGCAAAACAUGACCAUCUACCCACUGACCUCUAACAUGUUUUGAAAGGAGAUGGAGUGAUUGCCCAUAUCAUUUGUGAUUUAAAAUCUCAAUUACUUAGAAUGGUGUUGUCUUUUAUCAUUACCAGGAUUAAUAGAACUACUGUACUGCCAUAUUUUUUUCUGUUUUUUAAAGCACACUUUGAACUUGAGAAGCUUCAUCCUACGAUACUUAUCUUCUUCCUUUUGACAGGCCUGUGGUAAAGUCACUGAAGGAAACUGGACGGGUAGAGCCAGAACUGUUUAAAGAAGUCACCAUCUACUUCAGUGACAUUGUAGGCUUCACAACCCUUUGUAAAUACAGCACCCCUAUGGAAGUGGUGGACAUGCUCAAUGACAUCUACAAGAACUUUGAUCAAAUUCUUGACCCUCAUGAUGUCUAUAAGGUGACCAGAACUGGGAAGAGAGAACAGAAGGCUAGGUAGAAUGAUUUGAGGUGAAAGGAGGGGGGUGGCAGAGCAUUGCCACCAAUCCUUUAAGAGGCUAAUCCAUGCUUUACCCAUUAGUGUGGACGGGAAACAUUGCGAUAGAUUUCAGAGGCAGAAAAUUGAAAGUGCUUAUGUCUGGGCAAAGGUCUGUAAGGAAACAGCGAACCUCAUGUGCAUGAAUUUCCCACUGUGGAAACAGUUUAAGAGACAAAAUAAAAGGCGGGAAAUGUUUUCUUCUGAGACAGAAAGCAAAACAAAGCAUAUAAGAAAAACGAAAAAUAAAAGGUAGUAGUUAUUUUUUCUGUUUAAAAUUGUGCAAAAUAUGGAAGGUUUGAUUCUCUUUAACAUUUUAAAAGAACAGUUCUUCACCUCAGAGAAAAUCACAGUCACCUAUAAAUAUUAUACGGAGUACUAUUUGCAACUCCAAAUACGUGUGUAAACAUGUUUGUUAAUUGGGAUGUGAUAAGCAUUCCUGAGCAGGAAAGAACAGGAACUUUCAGGUUUUUCCUAUAUUGGAUUGCUCUUUCGUUAGAUUAAAAAAUAAUGACUUUGGAUCUUGUUUCAACAGGUAGAGACCAUUGGAGAUGCAUAUAUGGUAGUAAGCGGUUUACCAAAGAGAAAUGGCAACCGUCACGCAGUGGACAUUUCCAUGAUGGCAUUAGAUAUACUCAGCUUCAUGGGCUCCUUUGAACUCGGACAUCUUCCAGGUCUUCCUGUAUGGAUUCGAAUAGGAAUUCACUCUGGUAUGGUGUGAUAUAUAUCAAAUAUUUGAUCAAAAUAAAAUAAAGGAAUGAGGAUGGGAAAGAAACUUGGGUUGGCUUCCUUUGACAUAAGCCUACCCAAUCUGCUUUUCCUGAAACUAUACAUGAACCAAAAUGCACUAUCCUUUGAAAUUUGUACUUCACCAAAUUUUGCAAAGCCAUUCUCCAACUAAAUACUGUGUUCAGAAAUGAGUAUAUUAGGAGGGAGUGUGGAUGAAAAAUACAUAGCGCGAAAAUUAUAUUAAAAACCAUAAUAUUAGGGGAAAUUUCUUUAUAAUAUUAGGGAAAAUAUGCUUCAGUGCUUGUGGGUGCUUAGAGAAUGAAAUAAAACAAAUGAAAAGUAAAGCAAAAUGCACAAAAAACUAUGGGCCAUUUCAGUAUGGAACUAGGUACCUCUCCUGAUGUUCACCACUUUUCUCUUAAAAGGCUUGAUGAUCACUCCCAUGUUGAGAGAGGUACAAUGAAUAGAAAAUUCAAUCUCUAGAGUCUAAAGCAUUGGAAACAAGAAAAAAAGUACAGUUACAAAAGCACAUACAGAAAGUCAUAAAAUGGCAUAGGAGGAGAAUGUUGUGCCAUUUGCAUCGAUUUACAUACCAGCAGAGUCCAAUAGUUACCACUUACCAUCACAUUCUAAAAAGUAAUAGCAAUAACAGUGGGCAUAUUAUACAGGAUACAAAUCACAUUUUACCAAGUAGGAAAAAAAAUACAGAGCAUCCACUGGAAAAUGCAAUAUUCCUGAAACAGAAUGCCAUCUCAAGGGGGAAGCACUCUCAUCGACACGCAAUAAAUAAGAACUACAAGUUUGCAAUGCUAAAAACAGAUUUCUGGAACGGCCCUUAGAGGCUCUAUUUUAAAAUUAAUUAUCAAAAUAAUUACAGUUUCUGUAACUGGCUCAGCAGCACAGAAGAGAUAUAAGAGCAGGACGUCUACAAGCAUUUUUGGGGAAUGCAUCUCUUCUUCCUUCCCUUCCCUUCCCUUCCCUCCCCUGACCCCAGUGCUUACGUUUCAGUCACAUAGUGUUCCACUAGAGAGAGUUAUGCAGCAGCUGAACACAGCUGCUCUUCACUGUCUGCUAUCGCUAAUGGUUGCUUGGACAAAAUAUUCUACUAGCACCUUAAAAAACCCCCACAGAGAAUGAAGAGCCUUCUGGAAAUUGGUUGCUUUAUAGUUCAGGUUGCAGUCCUUUGAGAGGAAAAGAAUCUACAGAUCAAAGACUGAAGUAUGACUUAGCGAAUAAAUGUUUUAGGAUAUAUAAUUGUUUUCAGUUCUGAAGUUCUGUAUAAUAUAAUAAGGGUUGAUGAACUGUGCGAGUAAUAAUAAUAAUAAUAAUAAUAAUAAAUAAAUUUUAUUUAUAUCCCGCCCUCCCCAGCCGAAGCCGGGCUCAGGGCAGCUAACAACAAUAAAACAGUACAAAAGUACAGCAUAAACAACACUCUAAAAUCAUUCAUUAUAAAAUUAAUUAAUUCAAGCCACUGGCAACCAUUGGGCCAAAGCUCCGCGAAGAUUGCCGAGGGAGGGAGUCAGGCUGUGCCCUGGCCAAAGGCCUGGUGGAACAGCUCUGUCUUGCAGGCCCUGCGGAAAGAUGUCAAGUCCCGCAGGGCCCUGGUCUCUUGUGACAGAGUGUUCCACCAGAUCGGAGCCAUGACCGAAAAAGCCCUGGCUCUAGUUGAGGCCAGCCUAACUUCUCUGUGGCCUGGGACCUUCAAGAUGUUUUUAUUUGAAGACCAUAAGUUUCUCUGUGGGGCAUACCAGGAGAGGCGGUCCUGUAGGUAAGUGAUGGCAUUUUCAAAGGCAAUCUUGUGGAUCAUAGGAAAUGUUGGCUUAAUGCACGUGUUCUGUUGACCCGUUGAAAACCCUUCUGAAACGAGAAGUUUCUUCAUUUCCACUUUGGUUAUUCUCCUAUAACAGUGGCUGUCUAAUUGCUGCCCUUUUCACCGCUCUUUAGAGGGUGACUUUGAACAGAGGAAAUACGGAAGGAAGGUAGUACAGAGAUGAUACUUAAAACUUUUGUGGGUAGCUGAGAGUGGGAAGGGAGGCAUUAAAUCCACAAAUGCUCCUACUGCCUCAUAGCUUCUGCCCAGCUGGAAGUUAGUCACUCUGAAAUUAAUAGAGCUACGUGCUACUGCAAUUUCUAAGUGGUGUGAGAUUUUAGGAGUACCAGGCGCACUUACCAGUGUUUUCUUUUGGGCAAUGAAGCACUGUGGAGACUGUGGUGUCUUUAUAAUAUAUGGCUUAUUUACACAUACCUACAACCUGAACCUGGGACGCGGGCGGCGCUGUGGGUUAAACCACAGAGCCUAGGACUUGCCGAUCAAAAGGUUGGUGGUUCGAAUCCCUGCAACGGGGUGAGCUCCUGUUGCUCAGUCCCUGCUCCUGCCAACCUAGCAGUUCGAAAGCACGUCAAAGUUCAAGUAGAUAAAUAGGUACCGCUCCGGCGAAAAGGUAAACAGUGUUUCCGUGCACUGCUCUGGUUCGCCAGAAGUGGCUUAGUCAUGCUGGCCACAUGACCCGGAAGCUGUACGCCGGCUCCCUCAGCCAAUAAAGCGAGAUGAGUGCUGCAACCCCCGAGUCGGUCACGACUGGACCUAAUGGUCAGGGGUCCCUUUACCUUUACCUUACAACCUGAGCCUAGAUGCAGAGAGUACAGAGCAUUCACAUCCUAAGAGGGUCCUGUUCCUUCCAUUGCCGGAUUCAAAGAGACCCCAAAACAUUGUGUCUUACCUUCUCUGCAGCAUAAAACAGACAGCCCCCUCAUGCUCUGCCCCCCCCCCCCCGAUCCAGCUUGCAAGAGUGACACUUUUGUCCUGUUCCUUUACCUUAUCGCCCAGUGCAAUUCUUUCCCUUCCUCCGGAACCACUGGCCUUUUGUCUCUGCUAACUAUCUGUCACGUCAGGGAAGGGUUUGCCCCCAUUUCUGGCCUGCCCAGAGAGCCUCUGUUAAUGGCCCUCUUAAUGGGUUCAUGGCUCAGCCAUUCCCAUGAUAACACUUGAUGGCUUCCUUGAUGGGUUAAUGACCGGCCAUCACCAGCCUUUCUUCUUCCAAAGCCCUAGCUGGAUGGGGGCCUGUUACAAGCCCCCUUUUGAGCUGGCCUUGCUCGUUAGCAUAAACUAAAUCCAGGGGUUUCUGUGUUUGGCACAGUUUAAUCAAACCUUGAUUAAUUCUAACUUUUACUAAUUCCAGGAUUUAUGGGUGACUUGCAGCCACAGAUUCUGGCCCUGAAAAUUUAUAACAUAGAACCAUAAAGUUGAAAGGGAACCAAAGGUCCAACCCACUACAAUGCAAGAAUCUACAAUAACAAUACUGUAGUGGAAGAGAGACAGGCAUGCAUACAGGAGAGGACAGAGUUAGUUGAUUCAGCAGAUGUCUGUAGCCUGUUGCAAGCCGUUCAUCAACACCUUCAUUUAUUAUUCUCUGUAUUUAAUAGCUGCAAGUCUGUUCUGGGGUAGGAUGCCAAGAAAAGUGAUGGAGUUCAUGUGUCUACCAACUGCCUCCACCAUCAUGAUUUGACAAGUUCCUCCUCAGAAACAGUAGUCUUCACUGCAUCAUAGAAAAAGUAUCAGCAGUGGCAUUAUCUGUGGAUGUGGGGGACAGAAUAAAGCAAAUCUGUGAAAGUGAAUGCUAGGAUCCGUGUGGGUAUGCUUUGUGGCAAAGCUCCAGAUUUGCCUUGUCUGGCUCCUGAAGUGCCAAGUAUUGAACCAACUUAGUCCCUGGCUGUAGAAGCAGAGAGGAGCACUGUUUCAAAAUCACAAAUAGCAGUCUUUCAUAGUGAAUUCAAUCUCUAGGUUGUAUUCACUGCUCAUCCUAUUCAAAGUAGACCCAUUAAUGUUAAUGGACAUGACUAUGAUUAUCUUAGAGUCAUUCAUUUCAGUGGGUCUACUUAGGGAUUAAUAAUAAUAAUUUAUUUAUAUGUCGCCUAUCCACUCUGGGCAGCUUCCAACAAAUUAAAGCAUCAAACACAGUAAAACAUCAGUCAUUAAAAACUUCCCUAUACAGAUGUCUUCUCUUCAGAGGUCUUCUAAAGGUCAGAUAGUUGUUUAUUUCCUUGACAUCUGAUGGGAGAGUGUUCCAUAGGGUGUGUGUGACUACCGAGAAGGCCUUCUGCCUAGUUCCCUGUAACCUCACUUCUAGCAUUGAAGGAACUACCAGAAGGCCUUCGGAGCGGGACUAAAUUGAAUACAGUCCCAGUUGUGCUUAGUUGAGCAGAAAAAGCCCUUAGACUUCUUAUGGGUCGUCCGAUUUUCCUUGAAAACCUUUGCUGCUUAUUGCUAGCCUUAAACUCUGACAUACAGGAAUUCCUGUUUAGGGAGUGCUGUUUAAUCUGAUUGAAUAUCCUUUGCUUGUUUCUAUCAAGAUAUUUGGUUAAAUAAGAAAUUUUGUUGUAUGUCUUCAUUGUAGUUUUGCUUGUCUCUCUUACGAUAGAAUUGUCCAUUUGUUGUUAUUGGACAUGUUUUUUUGUGAUUUUGAAACUUUUGUAUAUCAUCUUGUGUGUUUUUGUCUUUAUUACUUUGUUCCCUGUUCCAAGCUAUAAAUUCUGUAAAUGAAAUAUACACACAUGCUCAGCCAGGACAGACCUUGUACUGGCCUGGUCAGAUCUUGGCACCUCAGAAAUCUGAUUCCUAAUGAGUCACAUUGAUGACUUCCAAUUAAUUCCUGCUCAGUUUAUGAUGUGAUCUUGAGAGUGUGUGGGCUAAUCUUUUCCUAGGCAAACACCCUCUCCUUCUUAAUUCCUGCUCUGUGCUUUAUUGUUUUCAGGUCCAUGUGCAGCUGGUGUGGUUGGGAUUAAGAUGCCUCGUUACUGCUUGUUUGGAGAUACUGUGAACACAGCUUCAAGAAUGGAAUCUACAGGAUUACGUAAGGACAAAUUCACAUCUACACUACACAUUACUUUUUAUAAUCAAAUCCAGACCUCUUUACCCAGACCUCUUUACCCCUAUUUUAUCCUAAUAAAGUAGAAGCUGACUGGGUGACCUUGAGCCAGUCACUUUCUCUGAACCAUAUAGGGAUUAUGAAAAUAAACUGAGAGGAGAUGCACUACACACAGCACCCAGAGCUUUUUGGAGAAAGGGUAGGAUAACAUGUAGUAAAUAAUCACACCAUUAGAAGGUUUUUCUCAAAGGACUGCUAGAGUUUCUAUUUCUGCUGUAUUUUAGGUGUUUUUCUUGGUCCUCUCCCUCUGCUUGGUGAGACAUCUAACCUUCCUUCCGGCUAUAAAUAUUCAGAUUAAAGUAGCCACAAUAAUUAGUUCACGACAAUCAGUCUGACUGAAGCCGGUAGGACAAGUCCAAUAUUACGUGAAUGCCUUGAGGAUUAUGAUGUCAGUUGCCUUGCUCUGCUUGCAAAUGCUAUUCAGAAGAUGAGCAUAUUUUUGAGACAAUUGUGUCAGCUCAUUUUUACUAAUGGAACACAAGACUCUCAUUAUCUUAAGUACAUUAUAGACUGGCACAACACAAAACCAAACAUUAAAAAAAGCAAAUUAAAACACUGUAUGUUUGUUUGCAUGCCUAUAGCUCUACGGAUUCAUGUAAGUGGUUCCACUAUUGCUAUUCUCAAGAGAACAGACUGCCAAUUCCAAUAUGAAGAGCGAGGAGAGACAUAUUUGAAGGUAACAAACAACUGCACAUCCCGGUGACCCACAACAUUUUGCUGACAUAGGCGAAGGACAAGAUUUGUACCAACCUCCACUUCUAUGCAGAGAAGCUGACUGGGCGGACAGUAGAAUUUUAUUUCAACAACAUCCUCCACCGCACUGGGAGGCAGCAGGCUAGUUUAGGCUUGGAGGGGAGUGCAGGGCAAUGCACAUGGCAAAUACAGUUCUGUCUUCCAACAACUUGCUGCCAAUACGGCACACUUCCCAGCAUCUACCAUCUGAGGCAGUUGCCUCACUCUGCCUAACAGAAGGCUGACCUAACACAUGCAAACACACACGUGCGUGUGUACACACACAGCAUGUAUUCAAAUAGCCAUAAUUUUUCAAAAUCAAUCUAGAGGUGGCACAUAUCUAAAAGGAGGAAAAUUAUUAUUAUUAUUAUUAUUAUUAUUAUUAUUAUUAUUAUCAUUAUUUUAAAUUAUUAGUUGGGGCCAUGAUCCAGUGAAUUUCAUAGGUGGGUAGGCAUUUGAACCUGCAUUUUCCACAUCUAGCCCAACUUUUUAACUACUUCAUCACCCUGACUUUCUUGAUAUCUCUAACAAGACUUGUUGCGAUUGAGGCUAGACAAGAUUCCUGCAUUGCAGGGAGUAGGACUAGAUGACCCUCAGGGUUCCUUCCAACUCUACAAUUCUCUGAUUCUGUGAACAGAACUGUAGUCUCAGGUAGCUUAUUCUGUCCCCCCCCCCCCAUAUGUAUUGGUUUUAGUUUAAAACACCCAGUAGGAAUAUGCCGUAUGCGCCCCAUGUUCGUUAAAUAAAUUAUACAAAGAUAAUAAAGUGCUGCAAUAUAAAGAACAUAAAAAUAUACAAUACAGCAAUCUAAUCUCAAAGUAUUAUUCCUUAUUUUGUAUUAGGGCAAAGGAACUGAGAUCACUUACUGGCUGACAGGAGUGAAAGACCAGAAAUACAAUCUUCCAACACCUCCUUCUGUGUAAGUGAUUCUUGGAUAGCUGGUUGUUAACAGAAUGCACAAAUCAAUAUUUACAGUAUCCUUUCUUUUCUCUCUUUCUGUGAAUAUCUUGUUUGGCGUGCACUUGGCAGAGAUCAAUAUGGCAACUGUGCAAAUGUGCAUGGGGACACAUGCACAUAUCCUAGGAUCUCAUGAAUCCUCAAUGUUGUGCAACCCACUAUUCUCCCUCCAGCUUCUCCCAAUGGGAAAAACCAGUGGAGGAUGGAGUGUUGCAUUAUGCACCGUUUGUAAAGAGGAGUGCCAUGGCCAAACACACACCUUUAUACUGCAGUCAAUUUUUUUGUAUUGAAUAACAAGGUCUAAACAUUAUCCUUAUUCAUUCACACUUACUCAAGCAUACUAAAGCAGAUGUCCAGUCUGAACAUAGGUUGUGAAGAGGUCAGAGUUCAGGCGAUGCAUCGCUACUACAUGAAUCUCCAGCAUCCUAGGUUCACAAUUCCUUGCGUUACUCUUUUCAUCUGAUAUGACAAAAGUUAUGUCUGGGUAGUGUUAAUCAGUCUUAUUUAUACCCAUAUUUCUGGGAAUAAGCUCCAUUGAACUUGGUAAGACCUCCAAGUAAACUUGUAGGAUCACACUGUCAAUGACUUGAUAAAACAGAUAACAAUGGAUGUUAGUCAUCUAAUUUUUACCUGGAAUAGACCCAUCAGAACUAAUGAACAUGACCCAGUUAGAGCCAUUAAUUUCAGUUGGUCUACUCUGAGUAAAACUUAGUUGAAUACCCCCCCCCAUAAAAUUAUUUAGCUAAAACAUUUCAGCUUCUGCCUGCUUCAUUAACAAAUUUGGUUGGAUUUAAAAUCAGGCAGUUGGUAGUCCAGGUGUUCUAAGAACCCCCUGAGAACAGAGGGAAUUUCCAGCAACGUAGAAGCUGUUCUAUAAGUGGGAUAAUUAAAAAAAGAAUUAAAGGCAAAGGUAAAAGUUUAAGAAUUAUCCCCCAAGGCAAAGCCAUGUGGCAUUAUGGUGUUCAGUCUUUAUCUAUAGAAGUUCUCUUGUUUUGACUGCUGCAGAACUAGGGUUGUUUUUUUCUACUGGAAGUAUUCCCAAGUCUGAAAGGUCAAAAUGUUUUGUAACAGGUUGUUCAGGGGUGUUGUGUGUGUGUGAUUACUGACUUAAGAUUUCUGAAAUAGGCAUGAAAGACUGUAGUUGUUUUCCCAACAUACUGCAGAUGGCAUUCAGGGCAUUUGCAUUCUGUAACAUAUAUUAUAGAACUAAGGUGGUAUUUUGGUUUAUAUAAUAGGUCUUGCCAGUCAUUCUGCUCUUGAAGAUUAGUUUCCCUAGUUUGAAAUCCAGCUGUGUUACAGAUCUAUGACAAACUUAAACAAUUAACACAGUAAUUUCAGGCCUCUCAUGUCUUAACUCCUGGUGUGAACAUCCUGCUACUCCUUUUACAGGCUUGCACACUGGUGUGUUGGGAGGGGCCCAUAAGUAGGCAACACUUUAACCUAUGGUGAAUUACACAUGUGGUGGCAUCACCGCCUUUUUAUUUAAAAAGCAUUUCUAAACCACUUAAGUGUUUUUAAAAUUGCUAAGCAGUGCACACACUAUAUACAAUACAAACACAAUAUCCAUUAAAACAAGCAUGUUUUUAAAAACAAAAACAAAAAUGUUUGUUUAGGUUUGCUCUUACAAAAAGGUAAAAGAUUGGGGGAGAGAGUAGGGUAUCUUUCCUUUAUUCUAUUCAAUCAUUUUUAUUGUUUGUAGCCAAUGGCCAUUACAAUACAAUAUAAACACAAAUCACAGGAUAUCACAGGUGACUGUUUUGAACAACAUUUGGAAGUAUACCACUGUGAUUUUUCCCCCUAUCUGGCAUCUUGAUCCUGUGGGUCAAUGAAAGAUGUGAUGUUAAUACAGUGGUACCUCUGGUUACGAACUUAAUUUGUUCUGGAGGUCCAUUCUUAACCUGAAACCGUUCUUAACCUGAGGUACCACUUUAGCUAAUGGAGCCUCCUACUGCUGCUGGGCCGCUGGUGCGCGAUUUCUGUUCUCAUCCUGAGGUAAAGUGCUUAACUCGAGGUACUACUUCCGGGUUAGCGGAGUCUGUAACUCAAAGUGUUUGUAACCCGAGGUACUACUGUACUGACAUGCACCACUGAAGCUGAUGUGUGUGUGCUCUUACUUAGUUUUUCAGGAAGCUUCUCUGCCUUUAAUUUAUGAGUGGUACAGCUUUGUUCAUACGAGGUUAUUCAAGGAAGGGGGAAUGGGAUCCUUUGCUCAAGUGACACUGGUGUCGGAUUAUAAUUCUUGGAAUGUUUAUUACAUUUUUCUGUGCUGAGCCUUCCUUCUUUCUCUUGCAUCAGUUGUUUCCCAGUCACUCUCCUUUUUAUUUUUCUUCUUUAAUAGAGUUGAAAUAUUAAGUACCGUAUUUUUCAUGUAUAAGACUGUUUUUUUCCUAAAAAACAAUGUCCAAAAUUUGGGAACGUCUUAUACAUGGAUAGAUCUCUCCCCAUUUUCUUAAAUUGGGAGUCCCUAAAAAUAGGGGGCGUCUUAUACAUGGGGGCAUCUUAUAGACGGAAAAAUACGGUAAUUCUUCACUACUUUGAAUAUCUGCAAUAACAGGCUUCCUAUAUUAAUGUAGUUGAUAUAUUGAUGAUAUUGAUCUAUUUUAUAUUCCAAAUAAUAGAAGAUACAGAAAGAGUAAAGGAAACAGAGAAUAAAAUUUGACAGCUGUUCUCCCAAGAUCUAGAAGCUAAAUUUUGGCUGGGCUUGACUUGGUACAGUAAGGGAUAUUAUCCAUGUCCAAGGCAAGUCCAGCUAAGCCUCUGAUACAGAGCUGAGUGUCACUAGCAUACUGCCAUAAUACUAGAACUCAGGGGAGUUCAAUGAAACUGAAUGUUGGAAGAGUCAGGAUAACCAAAAGAAAGCACUACUUCAUACAGUGCAUUGCUAAACUAUGGAAUUUGCUUCCACAAGAGGUAAUAGUGUUAACCAAAUUGGAUGGCUUUAAAAGAGUAAACAAAUGCAUGGAGGAUAUGGCUAUCAAUGGCCAGGAUCACUGUGUUCUACCUUAACUGUCAGAGGUAGUAUGCCUCUAAAUACCAGAUACUAUAUAGGGAAUUGCAAGCGCCAUUAUACUCAGAUCCUGCUUGGAAGUUUCCCAUUGGCAUCUGGUUGGCCACUGAGAACAAAAUGCUGGAUUAGAUGCACCCUGACCCAAUACAGCAGGCACUUCUAGGUAUGUUCUUAAGUAGGGCAAAUCUAAUCCUCUCUCACUAGGCUGUGGCCCCAGUCCAGAUCACACAAUAUAUCUGAGCUGCUAAACGCAGAGCAAAAACACUUGUAGCUGCAAGUUUUCCCCUCUACAGCUAAUAGGAGCUGAAGGGAAAGAGACUUAGCUUGGGGUUGUGACAUGAGAGAGGGGGUUAGAUUUCCAUUAUACUGGAGCCCUGGGCUUAGUCCUUCCCCUAUAUAAAUAAGAAUUAUAAAUAUAAGAAUUAGAUCAGGAAGUUAUCUGUAAAAAUGGUUAAGUUGCACCAUUUCUACCUUGCUUCCAUCCUACAUACUGGGCAUCCACAUUCAUCCUUGACAGGAAAUUUCCUAUAUUGUUCUGUGUAGCAGCAGAGAUGGGUGACAUUCCUCCACUACUCAUCUGCAGUUUUGUUUUCUGCUCCCUAUGGAGGUGUCAAAACACCAUUUAACUGAUAUACAUGUCAAACCUCAGGGCCGUUUCUUGAGGUCAUAAGAUGAUUGGAGGAUCCAGCUGCCCCAGCAUGCCUCGCCUCUUGGUCCACAGAAUUCUUAAAUCCAAUCAUGUGCUUUGGAAAAUUUUGAACAUCCAACUUGGCCUUCACUAGCAUUCUGAUUUAUGAGAAUUUAGGUGCUGCAUAGUAGAUAGGGCAGUGGAAGACAGGAGUGCCUGGCGUGAUCUGGUCCAUGGGGUCACGAAGAGUUGGACACGACUAAACAACAAUAGUAGAUAGAAACUAUCCUUUAAAUUUGGUUUGUGAUGGCGCUCUUUGUCUGAUCUCUGUUUGCCCCUAAAUAAUCCCCCAGUUUUUAUUGCUCUCUGAUCGUAAAUAAAUCUUUCUUCUGUUUGGGAUUUUGACUGGUUGACUUUGUAGGCUCAGGGGGUAUUCCUCUCCCAUACGGCAUUACUAUUUUAUGUUACUUGUGUAAACCAAGGACAGGCUGGAGUCACCCUGCAAUUACGAGGGGAUUACAGGUAUAGUUGGUGCUUGUUCAUGUCCUGGUUUGUGGUUAUCCCAGAACCUUUGGGACCUUUCUGACCAGAGGUUAAGGUUCAAAGGAAGUAAUGGCAGUGGAACUCCUAAGGAAGGUGGCAGUCCUUGGAAGUUGGUUGCAGUGCAGCAGUGAUGAUCUGACAAAUUCUCCAUCAAAAGCUCCAGAGAGCUCCAGAAUAAUGUGUAGUUGGCCUUCAGCAUUUCAAAUAUCAAGUAAGGAGGGUUGAAUAGAAGAAUCUUUGAAAGCCUUAUAAUUAAGAAUCACAGUAAAUAUAUCUCUUGAGUCACUUAAACCAAUUUUCUCCUGCUAUUUCCAGGGAGAAUCAGCAGCGUUUGCAAGCUGACUUUGCUGAGAUGAUAACCAAUUGUCUUCUGAAAAAGCAAACAGAAGAAUUUCAGGUGCGAGAGAUUACACGUGUGCCUAGUUGUCGCAAAGGCACUCUGGAAUACCUGCAGUUGGCUACAGAAAAAACCAGUACCUACCUGUAAAACUGGAUAAAGAGCACGACCCAAGAAUCCCUGAAAGUUAGAUUUAAAUAAUAUAAGACAAAUUUUACACAACCUACAUAUUUGCAGUAUUGUAUGGGUGGAUUGAGGACAGAAAUGUGAUCCUACCUUUGUGAGUCCUCUGUAGUUAAUAUUCUGCGGGAAGAACAUUCUUUCUACUACAUUGGCAAAACUGCAAAUGACUCAAUGCAAGAUGCUUCUUGAUGAAUUGGAAGCUUUACCAAUAUACUGCUUCCUAAAAUUGAGGAGGAAGGAAACAGGGCAGCUCCCCUGAGGGCACCUCCCUUCACAUCCAGUCUGGUGCUUGUGGGCUAAAGUAGCAGUGAAGGAAGACAGCAAAGCAGGCACCUGCACAAUGCAGAUACCAUUUUUGCACUAUGAUAAAGGUACAGUGGAUGUCAGAGGGCAGUCCCAUUCUUGCUAUAGCCACAUUGUCAUGGAUACAGCUGGAGUGAGGUCUGGUGUAAUUUAGAGGUAUGGGAAGACUGCAUCUGACAAAUAUUCUGUAAGCCACUUUGAGAAUUGGGGGAAGUGUUUUACAUAAAACAAAUAAGCAAGCAGUACAUGCGCUGUAUAAAACUGACUACAGGUCACAUUCUAGCCAGUGUAAAGUUUUAUAGUCACGUUAUACUUCAAUUAUUAGAGACCCAUUUAAGCCACAGUCCAUGGGUAUAAAUAUGCUAAGCCAGAAAAAAAAUGACAUUUUGGAUAACGUACCUGAAUAUAUUUGGCAGUAACCCUCAAUAUCAUGGGCAAAGGCUGCAAUGGAACAAAUAACUGAAAGCAGAAAGCAGUUAAAUUGAACAAACUCCAUAGCUGUAUCAUAUAGUGUGAUGAACAUUUUUUUCAUCUGUAUUUGUCACUGUAAAUCAUAAACUGAAGCUACAAUGUAAUAGCACAUCUAUUUUGCCUUGACAAGAACUUAUAAUUUAGAGAAGUGUGAAACAAGAAAAGUUGCUUUGUUGUGAAAUAAAGUACAUCUAUAGCUGAAAAAUCUUGUUUUGGUUUAAGAAAACAAAACCAUAACUACAUACACAUGUCACUGUUUAUUAGUAGGGCUUUUAUCCUUAAUAC